CAACAAAAGAAUAAAAAAAAAAAAAGAAUAUCUCGCGAUUUCCUUACAUUAUAACUUGAAGAGUAUAUUCUAUUUAAAUGGACAAUGUCUCACUCUAGGCUUCUGUUCUACCCCUCCGCCCCCCUACCCUUUUUGUUAAAUACAGCUAUAAUAGUUCUUCAUGAGAGACUGAUUGCAUUAUGCGAUCUGAUUCCUAACAGACUUCUAUUAAUAGGGGGUAUAAAAGGAUUUUUGGAACGCUCAGUUCUGUCGUCUGCUGUUGUGGGAUAAUUUCCAAUAUAUGUGUUCUCUUUACAUUUCGUUACUAUUACGCGGAGAGUAUAUUUUUCGAGAGCCACCCUGUUCAUUUUCGAGGUAAAGAAAUAAAAGGAAUUACCCACAGCUGAAUCUCAGGGAUAUCUAUUUACGACUUGCGGACAAGUAAACAAGGGAGACUAUUCGAUUGGAGUAAUAAUUGUUGUUCUUAUUCCGCCUAGUAGGGAUAUUUAUUUCGAUUGAGGACAUAUACAUGGGAAAGAUUGGACACUAACAAAAAUGAAGACAUUUGUGAAGAUCAAGCCUUUGUUUUGGUUCAUUGUAAUCGUCUGCUGCAUGAACUGGAAUAUAGCUACAGCCCAAGAAUCAACUACAGAGUCGUCGUCAGAUUCAUCAUCAGAAACGACCACAGCAGUGUCGUCGUCAGAUUCAUCAACAGAAACGAUAACAGCAGUGUCGUCGUCAGAUUCAUCAACAGAAACGAUAACAGCAGAGUCGUCGUCAGAUUCAUCAUCAGAAACGACAUCAGAUUCUACCGCUGAACCAACAACUAGCACAGCAGAAUCCACUACUACCGCUGAACAAACAACUAGCACAGCAGAAUCUACUAUUACCGCUGAACAAACAACUAGCACAGCAGAAUCUACUAUUACCGCUGAACAAACAACUAGCACAGCAAAAUCCACUACUACCGCUGAACAAACAACUAGCAUAGCAGAAUCUACUAUUACCGCUGAACAAACAACUACCACAGCUGAAUCUACUACUACCGCUGAACAAACAACUACCACAGCUGAAUCUACUACUACCGCUGAACAAACAACUACCACAGCUGAAUCUACUACUACCACUGAACAAACAACUACCACAGCUGAAUCUACUACUACCGCUGAACAAACAACUACCACAGCUGAAUCUACUACUACCGCUGAACAAACAACUACCACAGCUGAAUCUACUACUACCGCUGAAAAAACAACUACCACAGCUGAAUCUACUACUACCGCUGAAUCAACAACUAGCACAGCAGAAUCCACUACUACCGCUGAACCAACAACUAGCACAGCAGAAUCUACUACUACCGCUGAAUCAACAACUAGCACAGCAGAAUCCACUACUACCGCUGAACAAACAACUACCACAGCUGAAUCUACUACUACCGCUGAACAAACAACUACCACAGCUGAAUCUACUACUACCGCUGAACAAACAACCAGCACAGCAGAAUCUACUACUACCGCUGAAUCAACAACUAGCACAGCAGAAUCCACUACUACCGCUGAACCAACAACUAGCACAGCAGAAUCUACUACUACCGCUGAAUCAACAACUAGCACAGCAGAAUCCACUACUACCGCUGAACAAACAACUACCACAGCAGAAUCCACUACUACCGCUGAACAAACAACUACCACAGCUGAAUCUACUACUACCGCUGAACAAACAACUACCACAGCUGAAUCUACUACUACCGCUGAACAAACAACCAGCACAGCAGAAUCUACUACUACCGCUGAAUCAACAACUAGCACAGCAGAAUCCACUACUACCGCUGAACCAACAACUAGCACAGCAGAAUCUACUACUACCGCUGAAUCAACAACUAGCACAGCAGAAUCCACUACUACCGCUGAACAAACAACUACCACAGCUGAAUCUACUACUACCGCUGAACAAACAACUACCACAGCUGAAUCUACUACUACCGCUGAAUCAAUAACUAGCACAGCAGAAUCCACUACUACCGCUGAACAAACAACCAGCACAGCUGAAUCUACUACUACCGCUGAACAAACAACCAGCACAGCUGAAUCUACUACUACCGCUGAACAAACAACCAGCACAGCUGAAUCUACUACUACCGCUGAAUCAACAACUAGCACAGCAGAAUCCACUACUACCGCUGAAUCAACAACUAGCACAGCAGAAUCCACUACUACCGCUGAAAAAACAACUAGCACAGCUGAAUCCACUACUACCGCUGAACAAACAACUACCAUAGCAGAAUCUACUACUACCGCUAAAUCAACAACUAGCACAGCAGAAUCCACUACUACCGCUGAACAAACAACCAGCACAGCUGAAUCUACUACUACCGCUGAACAAACAACCAGCACAGCUGAAUCUACUACUACCGCUGAACAAACAACCAGCACAGCUGAAUCUACUACUACCGCUGAAUCAACAACUAGCACAGCAGAAUCCACUACUACAGCUGAAUCAACAACUAGCACAGCAGAAUCCACUACUACCGCUGAAAAAACAACUAGCACAGCUGAAUCCACUACUACCGCUGAACAAACAACUACCACAGCAGAAUCUACUACUACCGCUAAAUCAACAACUAGCACAGCAGAAUCCACUACUACCGCUGAACCAACAACUAGCACAGCAGAAUCUACUACUACCGCUGAAUCAACAACUAGCACAGCAGAAUCCACUACUACCGCUGAACAAACAACUACCACAGCUGAAUCUACUACUACCGCUGAACAAACAACUACCACAGCUGAAUCUACUACUACCGCUGAACAAACAACUACCACAGCUGAAUCUACUACUACCGCUGAACCAACAACUAGCACAGCAGAAUCCACUUCUACCGCUGAACAGACAACUAGCACAGCAGAAUCUACUACUACCGCUGAACCAACAACUACCACAGCAGAAUCUACUACUACCGCUGAACUAACAACUACCACAGCAGAAUCUACUACUACCGCUGAACAAACAACUACCAUAGCAGAAUCUACAACUACCGCUGAAUCAACAACUAGCACAGCAGAAUCCACUACUACCGCUGAACAAACAACUAGCACAGCAGAAUCUACUACUACCGCUGAAUCAACAACUAGCACAGCUGAAUCUACUACUUCCUCGGAACAAAAAACUACCACAGCAGAAUCCACUACGACCGCUGAACAAACAACUACCACAGCUGAAUCUACUACUACCGCUGAACAAACAACUACCACAGCUGAAUCUACUACUACCGCUGAAAAAACAACUACUACAGCUGAAUCUACUACUACCGCUGAACCAAAAACUACCACAGCUGAAUCUAGUAUUACCGCUGAACCAACAACUACCGCAGCAGAAUCUACUACUACCGCUGAAAAAACAACUAGCACAGCAGAAUCUACUACUACCGCUGAAUCAACAACUAGCACAGCAGAAUCUACUACUACCGCUGAACAAACAACUAGCACAGCUGAAUCUACUACGACCGCUGAACAAACAACUACCACAGCUGAAUCUACUACUACCGCUGAACAAACAACUAGCACAGCAGAAUCUACUACUACCGCUGAAUCAACAACUAGCACAGCAGAAUCCACUACUACCGCUGAACAAACAACUACCACAGCUGAAUCUACUACUACCGCUGAACAAACAACUACCACAGCUGAAUCUACUACUACCGCUGAAUCGACAACUAGCACAGUAGAAUCCACUACUACCGCUGAAUCAACAACUAGCACAGCAGAAUCCACUACUACCGCUGAACAAACAACUACCACAGCUGAAUCUACUACUACCGCUGAACAAACAACUACCACAGCUGAAUCUACUACUACCGCUGAACAAACAACUACCACAGCUGAAUCUACUACUACCGCUGAAUCAACAACUAGCACAGCAGAAUCUACUACUACCUCUGAACAAACAACUAGCACAGCUGAAUCUACUACGACCGCUGAACAAACAACUACCACAGCUGAAUCUACUACUACCGCUGAACAAACAACCAGCACAGCAGAAUCUACUACUACCGCUGAAUCAACAACUAGCACAGCAGAAUCCACUACUACCGCUGAACCAACAACUAGCACAGCAGAAUCUACUACUACCGCUGAAUCAACAACUAGCACAGCAGAAUCCACUACUACCGCUGAACAAACAACUACCACAGCUGAAUCUACUACUACCGCUGAACAAACAACUACCACAGCUGAAUCUACUACUACCGCUGAAUCAACAACUAGCACAGUAGAAUCCACUACUACCGCUGAAUCAACAACUAGCACAGCAGAAUCCACUACUACCGCUGAACAAACAACUACCACAGCUGAAUCUACUACUACCGCUGAACAAACAACUACCACAGCUGAAUCUACUACUACCGCUGAACAAACAACUACCACAGCUGAAUCUACUACUACCGCUGAAUCAACAACUAGCACAGUAGAAUCCACUACUACCGCUGAAUCAACAACUAGCACAGCAGAAUCCACUACUACCGCUGAACAAACAACUACCACAGCUGAAUCUACUACUACCGCUGAACAAACAACUACCACAGCUGAAUCUACUACUACCGCUGAACAAACAACUACCACAGCUGAAUCUACUACUACCGCUGAACAAACAACUACCACAGCUGAAUCUACUACUACCGAUGAACAAACAACCAGCACAGCAGAAUCUACUACUACCGCUGAAUCAACAACUAGCACAGCAGAAUCAACUACUACCGCUGAAUCAACAACUAGCACAGCAGAAUCCACUACUACCGCUGAACAAACAACUAGCAAAGCAGAAUCCACUACUACCGCUGAACAAACAUCUACCACACCAGAAUCCACUACUACCGCUGAACAAACAACUACCACAGCUGAAUCUACUACUACCGCUGAACAAACAACUACCACAGCUGAAUCUACUACUACCGCUGAACAAACAACUAGCACAGCAGAAUCCACUACUACCGCUGAAAAAACAACUAGCACUGCAGAAUCCACUACUACCGCUGAAUCAACAACUAGCACAGCAGAAUCUACUACUACCGCUGAACCAACAACUAGCACAGCAGAAUCUACUACUACCGCUGAAUCAACAACUAGCACAGCAGAAUCUACUACUACCGCUGAACAAACAACUAGCACAGCAGAAUCCACUACUACCGCUGAACAAACAACUACCACAGCUGAAUCUACUACUACCGCUGAACAAACAACUAGCACAGCAGAAUCCACUACUACCGCUGAACAAACAACUAGCACUGCAGAAUCCACUACUACCGCUGAAUCAACAACUAGCACAGCAGAAUCUACUACUACCGCUGAACCAACAACUAGCACAGCAGAAUCUACUACUACCGCUGAAUCAACAACUAGCACAGCAGAAUCCACUACUACCGCUGAACAAACAACUACCACAGCUGAAUCUACUACUACCGCUGAACAAACAACUACCACAGCUGAAUCUACUACUACCGCUGAAUCGACAACUAGCACAGUAGAAUCCACUACUACCGCUGAAUCAACAACUAGCACAGCAGAAUCCACUACUACCGCUGAACAAACAACUACCACAGCUGAAUCUACUACUACCGCUGAACAAACAACUACCACAGCUGAAUCUACUACUACCGCUGAACAAACAACUACCACAGCUGAAUCUACUACUACCGCUGAAUCAACAACUAGCACAGCAGAAUCUACUACUACCGCUGAACAAACAACUAGCACAGCUGAAUCUACUACGACCGCUGAACAAACAACUACCACAGCUGAAUCUACUACUACCGCUGAACAAACAACCAGCACAGCAGAAUCUACUACUACCGCUGAAUCAACAACUAGCACAGCAGAAUCCACUACUACCGCUGAACCAACAACUAGCACAGCAGAAUCUACUACUACCGCUGAAUCAACAACUAGCACAGCAGAAUCCACUACUACCGCUGAACAAACAACUACCACAGCUGAAUCUACUACUACCGCUGAACAAACAACUACCACAGCUGAAUCUACUACUACCGCUGAAUCAACAACUAGCACAGUAGAAUCCACUACUACCGCUGAAUCAACAACUAGCACAGCAGAAUCCACUACUACCGCUGAACAAACAACUACCACAGCUGAAUCUACUACUACCGCUGAACAAACAACUACCACAGCUGAAUCUACUACUACCGCUGAACAAACAACUACCACAGCUGAAUCUACUACUACCGCUGAACAAACAACUACCACAGCUGAAUCUACUACUACCGAUGAACAAACAACCAGCACAGCAGAAUCUACUACUACCGCUGAAUCAACAACUAGCACAGCAGAAUCAACUACUACCGCUGAAUCAACAACUAGCACAGCAGAAUCCACUACUACCGCUGAACAAACAACUAGCAAAGCAGAAUCCACUACUACCGCUGAACAAACAUCUACCACACCAGAAUCCACUACUACCGCUGAACAAACAACUACCACAGCUGAAUCUACUACUACCGCUGAACAAACAACUACCACAGCUGAAUCUACUACUACCGCUGAACAAACAACUAGCACAGCAGAAUCCACUACUACCGCUGAACAAACAACUAGCACUGCAGAAUCCACUACUACCGCUGAAUCAACAACUAGCACAGCAGAAUCUACUACUACCGCUGAACCAACAACUACCACAGCUGAAUCUACUACUAAUGCUGAACCAACAACUACCACAGCAGAAUGUACUACUACCGCUGAGCAAACAACUACCACAGCUGAAUCUACUACUACCGCUGAGCAAACAACUACCACAGCUGAAUCUACUAUUACCGCUGAACAAACAACUACCACAGCUGAAUCUACUACGACCGCUGAACAAACAACUACCACAGCUGAAUCUACUACUACCGAUGAACAAAAAACUACCACAGCUGAAUCUACUACUACCGCUGAACCAACAACUACCACAGCUGAAUCUAGUACUACCGCUGAACAAACAACUACCACAGCUGAAUCUACUACUACCGCUGAACAAACAACUAGCACAGCAGAAUCCACUACUACCGCUGAACAUACAACUACCACAGCAGAAUCUACUACUACCGCUGAAUCAACAACUAGCACAGCAGAAUCUACAACUACCGCUGAAUCAACAACUAGCACAGCAGAAUCCACUACUACCGUAGAAUCAACAACUAGCACAGCAGAAUCCACUACUACCACUGAACCAAUAACUACCACAGCUGAUUCUACCACUACCGCUGAGCAAACAUCUACCACAGCUGAAUCUAGUACUACCGCUGAACAAACAACUAGCACAGCAGAAUCUACAACUACAGCUGAACAAACAACUAGCACAGCAGAAUCUACUACUACCGCUAAACAAACAACUAGCACAGCAGAAUCUACUACUACCGCUGAAAAAACAACUACCACAGCAGAAUCCACUACGACCGCUGAACAAACAACUAGCACUGCAGAAUCUACUACUACCGCUGAACAAACAUCUACCACAGCUGAAUCUACUACUACCGCUGAACAAACAACUACUACAGCUGAAUCUACUACUACCGCUGAACAAACAACUACCACAGCUGAAUCUACUACUACCGCUGAACAAACAACUAGCACAGCAGAAUCCACUAUGACCGCUGAACAAACAUUUACCACAGCUGAAUCUACUACUACCACUGAACAAACAACUACCACAGCUGAAUCUACUACUACCGCUGAACAAACAUUUACCACAGCUGAAUCUACUACUACCACUGAACAAACAACUACCACAGCUGAAUCUACUACUACCGCUGAACAAACAACUACCACAGCUGAAUCUACUACUACCGCUGAACAAAAAACUAGCACAGCAGAAUCCACUACGACCGCUGAACAAACAUCUACCACAGCUGAAUCUACUACUACCGCUGAACAAACAACUACCACAGCUGAAUCUACUACUACCGCUGAACAAACAACUACCACAGCUGAAUCUACUACGACCGCUGAACAAACAACUAGCACAGCAGAAUCUACUACGACCGCUGAACAAACAACUAGCACAGCAGAAUCCACUACGACCGCUGAAUCAACAACUAGCACAGCAGAAUCCACUACGACCGCUGAACAAACAACUACCACAGCAGAAUCAACUACUACCGCUGAACAAACAUCUACCACAGCUAAAUCUACUACUACCGCUGAACAAACAACUACCACAGCUGAAUCUACUACUACCGCUGAACAAACAACUACCACAGCUGAAUCUACUACUACCACUGAACAAACAACUAGCACAGCAGAAUCCACUACUACCGCUGAACAAACAACUAGCACAGCAGAAUCCACUACUACCGCUGAACAAACAUCUACCACAGCAGAAUCCACUACUACCGCUGAACAAACAACUACCACAGCUGAAUCUACUACUACCGCUGAACCAACAACUAGCACAGCAGAAUCUACUACGACCGCUGAACAAACAACUAGCUCAGCAGAAUCCACUUCGACCGCUGAAUCAACAACAACUAGCACAGCUGAAUCCACUACUACCGCUGAAUCAACAACUAGCACAGAAGAAUCUACUACUACCGCUGAACCAACAACUACCACAGCAGAAUCCACUACUACCGCUGAACAAACAACUAGCACAGCAGAAUCCACUACGACCGCUGAACAAACAACUACCACAGUUGAAUCUACUACUACCGCUGAACCAACAACUGUCACAGCAGAAUCCACUUCUACCGCUGAAUCAACAACUAGCACAGCAGAAUCCACUACGACCGCUGAACAAACAACUAGCACAGCAGAAUCCACUACUACCGCUGAACAAACAUCUACCACAGCAGAAUCCACUACUACCGCUGAACAAACAACUACCACAGCUGAAUCUACUACUACCGCUGAACCAACAACUAGCACAGCAGAAUCUACUACGACCGCUGAACAAACAACUAGCACAGCAGAAUCCACUUCGACCGCUGAAUCAACAACUAGCACAGCUGAAUCCACUACUACCGCUGAAUCAACAACUAGCACAGAAGAAUCUACUACUACCGCUGAACCAACAACUACCACAGCAGAAUCCACUACUACCGCUGAUCAAACCACUACCACAGCAGAAUCCACUACGACCGCUGAACAAACAACUACCACAGUUGAAUCUACUACUACCGCUGAACCAACAACUGUCACAGCAGAAUCCACUUCUACCGCUGAAUCAACAACUAGCACAGCAGAAUCCACUACGACCGCUGAACAAACAACUAGCACAGCAGAAUCCACUACGACCGUUGAACAAACAACUACCACAGCAGAAUCAACUACUACCGCUGAACAAACAUCUACCACAGCUAAAUCUACUACUACCGCUGAACAAACAACUACCACAGCUGAAUCUACUACUACCGCUGAACAAACAACUACCACAGCUGAAUCUACUACUACCACUGAACAAACAACUAGCACAGCAGAAUCCACUACUACCGCUGAAUCAACAACUAGCACAGCAGAAUCUACUACUAACGCUGAACCAACAACUACCACAGCUGAAUCUACUACUACCGCUGAACCAAAAACUACCACAGCAGAAUCCACUACUACCGCUGAAUCAACAACUAGCACAGCAGAAUCUACUACUAACGCUGAACCAACAACUACCACAGCUGAAUCUACUACUACCGCUGAACCAAAAACUACCACAGCAGAAUCUACUACUACCGCUGAGCAAACAACUACCACAGCUGAAUCUACUACUACCGCUAAGCAAACAACUACCACAGCUGAAUCUACUACUACCGCUGAACAAACAUCUAGCACAGCAGAAUCCACUACUACCGCUGAAUCAACAACUAGCACAGCAGUAUCCACUACUACCACUGAACCAACAACUACCACAGCUGAAUCUACUACUUUCGCAGAACAAACAUCUAGCACAGCAGAAUCCACUACUACCGCUGAAUCAACAACUAGCACAGCAGAAUCCACUACUACCGCUGAACCAACAACUAGCAUAACAGAAUCCACUACUACCGCUGAACAGACAACUAGCACAUUAGAAUCCACUACUACCGCUGAAUCAACAACUAGCAUAACAGAAUCCACUACUACCGCUGAACAGACAACUAGCACAUUAGAAUCUACUACUACCGCUGAACCAACAACUAGCAUAACAGAAUCCACUACUACCGCUGAACAGACAACUAGCACAUUAGAAUCUACUACUACCACUGAAUCAACAAGUAGCACAGCAGAAUCCACUACUACCGCUAAAUCAACAACUAGCACAGCAGAAUCAACUACUACCGCUGAACCAACAACUACCACAGCUGAAUCUAGUACUACCGCUGAACAAACAACUAGCACAGCAGAAUCUACUACUACCACUGAACCAACAACUAGCACAGCAGAAUCCACUACUACCACUGAACCAACAACUACCACAGCAGAAUCUACUACUACCGCUGAACAAACAACUACCACAGCAGAAUCCACUACUACCGCUGAACAAACAACUAGCACAGCAGAAUCCACUACUACCGCUGAACAAACAACUACCACAGCUGAAUCUACUACUACCGCUGAACAAACAACUACCAAAGAAGAAUCUACUACUACCGCUGAACAAACAACUACCACAGCACAAUCUACUACUACCGCUGAACCAACAACUAGCACUGCAGAAUCCACUACUACCGCUGAAUCAACAAUUACCAUACCAGAAUCCACUACUACCGCUGAACCAACAACUAGCACUGCAGAAUCCACUACUACCGCUGAAUCAACAACUACCACAGCAGAAUCCACUACUACCGCUGAACCAACAACUAGCACAGCAGAAUCUACAACUACAGCUGAACAAACAACUAGCACUGCAGAAUCCACUACUACCGCUGAAUCAACAACUACCACAGCAGAAUCCACUACUACCGCUGAAUCAACAACUAGCACAGCAGAAUCCACUACUAACGCUGAAUCAAGAACUACCACAGCAGAAUCCACUACUACCGCUGAAUCAAAUACUAACACAGCAGAAUCUACAACUACCGCUGAACCAAGAACUACCACAGCAGAAUCCACUACUAUCGCUGAAAAAACAACUAGCACUGUAGAAUCCACUACUACCGCUGAAUCAACAACUAGCACAGCAGAAUCUACUACUACCGCUGAACAAACAACUAGCACAGCUGAAUCUACUACUACCGCUGAACCAAGUACUACCACAGCAGAAUCUACUACUACCGCUGAACAAACAACUACCACAUUAGAAUCUACAACUACAGCUGAACAAACAACUAGCACAGCAGAAUCUACUACUACCGCUGAACAAACAACUAGCACAGCUGAAUCUACUACUACCGCUGAACCAACUACUACCACAGCAGAAUCUACUACUACCGCUGAACAAACAACUACCACAGCAGAAUCUACAACUACAGCUGAACAAACAACUAGCACAGCAGAAUCUACUACUACCGCUGAAUCAACAACUAGCACAGCAGAAUCCACUACUACCGCUGAACCAACAACUAGCACAGCAGAAUCUACUACUACCGCUGAACAAACAACUAGCACAGCUGAAUCUACUACUACCGCUGAACCAACUACUACCACAGCAGAAUCUACUACUACCGCUGAACAAACAACUACCACAGCAGAAUCUACAACUACAGCUGAACAAACAACUAGCACAGCAGAAUCUACUACUACCGCUGAAUCAACAACUAGCACAGCAGAAUCCACUACUACCGCUGAACCAACAACUAGCACAGCAGAAUCUACUACUACCGCUGAAUCAACAACUAGCACAGCAGAAUCGUCUACUACCGCUGAACAAACAACUACCACAGCUGAAUCUACUACUACCGCUGAACAAACAACUACCACAGCUGAAUCCACUACUACCGCUGAACAAACAACUACCACAGCUGAAUCUACUACUACCGCUGAACAAACAACCAGCACAGCAGAAUCUACUACUACCGCUGAAUCAACAACUAGCACAGCAGAAUCCACUACUACCGCUGAACCAACAACUAGCACAGCAGAAUCUACUACUACCGCUGAAUCAACAACUAGCACAGCAGAAUCCACUACUACCGCUGAACAAACAACUACCACAGCUGAAUCUACUACUACCGCUGAACAAACAACUACCACAGCUGAAUCUACUACUACCGCUGAAUCAACAACUAGCACAGCAGAAUCCACUACUACCGCUGAAUCAACAACUAGCACAGCAGAAUCCACUACUACCGCUGAAAAAACAACUAGCACAGCUGAAUCCACUACUACCGCUGAACAAACAACUACCACAGCUGAAUCUACUACUACCGCUGAACAAACAACUACCACAGCUGAAUCUACUACUACCGCUGAACAAACAACUACCACAGCUGAAUCUACUACUACCGCUGAACAAACAACUGCCACAGCUGAAUCUACUACUACCGCUGAACAAACAACCAGCACAGCAGAAUCUACUACUACCGCUGAAUCAACAACUAGCACAGCAGAAUCCACUACUACCGCUGAAUCAACAACUAGCACAGCAAAAUCCACUACUACCGCUGAAAAAACAACUAGCAAAGCAGAAUCCACUACUACCGCUGAACAAACAUCUACCACACCAGAAUCCACUACUACCGCUGAACAAACAACUACCACAGCUGAAUCUACUACUACCGCUGAACAAACAACUACCACAGCUGAAUCUACUACUACCGCUGAACAAACAACUAGCACAGCAGAAUCCACUACUACCGCUGAACAAACAACUAGCACUGCAGAAUCCACUACUACCGCUGAAUCAACAACUAGCACAGCAGAAUCUACUACUACCGCUGAACCAACAACUACCACAGCUGAAUCUACUACUACCGCUGAACCAACAACUACCACAGCAGAAUCUACUACUACCGCUGAGCAAACAACUACCACAGCUGAAUCUACUACUACCGCUGAGCAAACAACUACCACAGCUGAAUCUACUACUACCGCUGAACAAACAACUACCACAGCUGAAUCUACUACGACCGCUGAACAAACAACUACCACAGCUGAAUCUACUACUACCGAUGAACAAAAAACUACCACAGCUGAAUCUACUACUACCGCUGAACCAACAACUACCACAGCUGAAUCUAGUACUACCGCUGAACAAACAACUAGCACAGCAGAAUCCACUACUACCGCUGAACAUACAACUACCACAGCAGAAUCUACUACUACCGCUGAAUCAACAACUAGCACAGCAGAAUCUACAACUACCGCUGAAUCAACAACUAGCACAGCAGAAUCCACUACUACCGUAGAAUCAACAACUAGCACAGCAGAAUCCACUAGUACCACUGAACCAAUAACUACCACAGCUGAUUCUACCACUACCACUGAGCAAACAUCUACCACAGCUGAAUCUAGUACUACCGCUGAACAAACAACUAGCACAGCAGAAUCUACAACUACAGCUGAACAAACAACUAGCACAGCAGAAUCUACUACUACCGCUGAACAAACAACUAGCACAGCAGAAUCCACUACUACCGCUGAACAAACAACUACCACAGCUGAAUCUACUACUACCGCUGAACAAACAACUAGCACAGCAGAAUCCACUACUACCACUGAACCUAUAACUACCACAGCUGAUUCUACCACUACCGCUGAGCAAACAUCUACCACAGCUGAAUCUAGUACUACCGCUGAACAAACAACUAGCAUAGCAGAAUCUACUACUACCGCUGAACAAACAACUAGCACAGCAGAAUCUACUACUACCGCUGAAUCAACAACUAGCACAGCAGAAUCCACUACGACCGCUGAACAAACAACUAGCACAGCAGAAUCUACUACUACCGCUGAACAAACAUCUACCACAGCUGAAUCUACUACUACCGCUGAACAAACAACUACCACAGCUGAAUCUACUACUACCGCUGAACAAACAACUACAACAGCUGAAUCUACUAUAACCGCUGAACAAACAACUAGCACAGCAGAAUCCACUACGACCGCUGAACAAACAUUUACCACAGCUGAAUCUACUACUACCACUGAACAAACAACAACCACAGCUGAAUCUACUACUACCGCUGAAGAAACAACUACCACAGCUGAAUCUACUACUACCGCUGAACAAACAACUACCACAGCUGAAUCUACUACUACCGCUGAACAAACAACUAGCACAGCAGAAUCCACUACGACCGCUGAACAAACAUCUACCACAGCUGAAUCUACUACUACCGCUGAACAAACAACUACGACAGCUGAAUCUACUACUACCGCUGAACAAACAACUACCACAGCUGAAUCUACUACGACCGCUGAACAAACAACUAGCACAGCAGAAUCUACUACGACCGCUGAACAAACAACUAGCACAGCAGAAUCCACUACGACCGCUGAAUCAACAACUAGCACAGCUGAAUCCACUACUACCGCUGAACAAACAACUAGCACAGAAGAAUCUACUACUACCGCUGAACCAACAAUUACCACAGCAGAAUCCACUACUACCGCUGAACAAACAACUAGCACAGCAGAAUCUACUACUACCGCUGAAGAAACAACUACCACAGCUGAAUCUACUACUACCGCUGAACAAACAACUAGCACAGCAGAAUCCACUACUACCGCUGAAUCAACAACUAGCACAGCAGAAUCUACUACUACCGCUAAACCAACAACUACCACAGCUGAAUCUACUACUACCGCUGAACAAACAACUAGCACUGCAGAAUCCACUACUACCGCUGAAUCAACAACUAGCACAGCAGAAUCUACUACUACCGCUGAACCAACAACUACCACAGCUGAAUCUACUACUACCGCUGAACCAACAACUACCACAGCAGAAUCUACUACUACCGCUGAGCAAACAACUACCACAGCUGAAUCUACUACUACCGCUGAACAAACAACUACCACAGCUGAAUCUACUACGACCGCUGAACAAACAACUACCACAGCUGAAUCUACUACUACCGAUGAACAAAAAACUACCACAGCUGAAUCUACUACUACCGCUGAACCAACAACUACCACAGCUGAAUCUAGUACUACCGUUGAACAAACAACUACCACAGCUGAAUCUACUACUACCGCUAAACAAACAACUAGCACAGCAGAAUCCACUACUACCGCUGAACAUACAACUACCACAGCAGAAUCUACUACUACCGCUGAAUCAACAACUAGCACAGCAGAAUCUACAACUACCGCUGAAUCAACAACUAGCACAGCAGAAUCCACUACUACCGUAGAAUCAACAACUAGCACAGCAGAAUCCACUACUACCACUGAACCAAUAACUACCACAGCUGAUUCUACCACUACCGCUGAGCAAACAUCUACCACAGCUGAAUCUAGUACUACCGCUGAACAAACAACUAGCACAGCAGAAUCUACAACUACAGCUGAACAAACAACUAGCACAGCAGAAUCUACUACUACCGCUGAACAAACAACUAGCACAGCAGAAUCUACUACUACCGCUGAAUCAACAACUAGCACAGCAGAAUCCACUACGAACGCUGAACAAACAACUAGCACUGCAGAAUCUACUACUACCGCUGAACAAACAUCUACCACAGCUGAAUCUACUACUACCGCUGAACAAACAACUACCACAGCUGAAUCUACUACUACCGCUGAACAAACAACUACCACAGCUAAAUCUACUACUACCGCUGAACAAACAACUAGCACAGCAGAAUCCACUACGACCGCUGAACAAGCAUUUACCACAGCUGAAUCUACUACUACCACUGAACAAACAACUACCACAGCUGAAUCUACUACUACCGCUGAAGAAACAACUACCACAGCUGAAUCUACUACUACCGCUGAACAAACAACUACCACAGCUGAAUCUACUACUACCGCUGAACAAACAACUAGCACAGCAGAAUCCACUACGACCGCUGAACAAACAUCUACCACAGCUGAAUCUACUACUACCGCUGAACAAACAACUACCACAGCUGAAUCUACUACUACCGCUGAACAAACAACUACCACAGCUGAAUCUACCACGACCGCUGAACAAACAACUAGCACAGCAGAAUCUACUACGACCGCUGAACAAACAACUAGCAAAGCAGAAUCCACUACGACCGCUGAAUCAACAACUAGCACAGCUGAAUCCACUACUACCGCUGAAUCAACAACUAGCACAGAAGAAUCUACUACUACCGCUGAACCAACAAUUACCACAGCAGAAUCCACUACUACCGCUGAACAAACAACUAGCACAGCAGAAUCCACUACUACCACUGAACCAAUAACUACCACAGCUGAUUCUACCACUACCGCUGAGCAAACAUCUACCACAGCUGAAUCUAGUACUACCGCUGAACAAACAACUAGCACAGCAGAAUCUACAACUACAGCUGAACAAACAACUAGCACAGCAGAAUCUACUACUACCGCUGAACAAACAACUAGCACAGCCGAAUCUACUACUACCGCUGAAUCAACAACUAGCACAGCAGAAUCCACUACGACCGCUGAACAAACAACUAGCACAGCAGAAUCUACUACUACCGCUGAACAAACAUCUACCACAGCUGAAUCUACUACUACCGCUGAACAAACAACUACCACAGCUGAAUCUACUACUACCGCUGAACAAACUACUACCACAGCUGAAUCUACUACUACCGCUGAACAAACAACUAGCACAGCAGAAUCCACUACGACCGCUGAACAAACAUUUACCACAGCUGAAUCUACUACUACCACUGAACAAACAACUACCACAGCUGAAUCUACUACUAGCGCUGAACAAACGACUACCAUAGCAGAAUCCACUACUACUGCUGAACAAAUAACUAGUACAGCAGAAUCCACUACUACCACUGAACUAACAACUAGCACGACAGAAUCUACUACAACAACUGAAUCAACAACUAGCACAGCAGAAUCUACUACUACCACUGAACCAACAACUAGCACAGCAGAAUCUACUACUACCACUGAACCAACAACUAGCACAGCAGAAUCUAUUACUAUCGCUGAACAAACAACUAGCACAGCAGAAUCUACUACUACAGCUGAACAAACAACUAGCACAGCAGAAUCCACUACUACCGCUGAACCAACAACUAGCACCACAGAAUCUACUACUACCACUGAAUCAACAACUAGCACAGCAAAACCUACUACUACAGCUGAACAAACAACUAGUACUGCAGAAUCCACUACAACCGCGGAACAAGCAUCUAGCACAGCAGAAUCCACUACUACCGCUGAAUCAACAACUAGCACAGCAGAAUCAACUACUACCGCUGAACCAACAACUACCACAGCUGAAUCUAGUACUACCGCUGAACAAACAACUAGCACAGCAGAAUCUACUACUACCACUGAACCAACAACUAGCACAGCAGAAUUCACUACUACCACUGAACCAACAACUAGCACAGCAGAAUCCACUACUACCGCUAAACAAACAACUAGCAUAUCAGAAUCUACUACUACCGCUGAACUAACAAUUAGCUUAGCAGAAUCCACUACAACCGCUGAACCAACAACUAGCACAGCAGAAUCCCCUACUACCACUGAACCUACAACUAGCACAGCAGAAUCCACUUCAACGACUAAACCAACAACUAGCACAGCAGAAUCUGCUACUACUGCUGAACCAACAACUAGCACAUCAGAAUCCACUUCAACGACUAAACCAACAACUAGCACAGAAGAAUCUACUACAACCGCUGAACCAACAAUUAGCACAGCAGAAUCCAUUACAACCGCUGAACCAACAACUAGCACAGCAGUAUCCACUACUACCACUGAACCAACAACUACCACAGCUGAAUCUACUACUUUCGCAGAACAAACAUCUAGCACAGCAGAAUCCACUACUACCGCUGAAUCAACAACUAGCACAGCAGAAUCCACUACUACCGCUGAACCAACAACUAGCAUAACAGAAUCCACUACUACCGCUGAACAGACAACUAGCACAUUAGAAUCCACUACUACCGCUGAAUCAACAACUAGCAUAACAGAAUCCACUACUACCGCUGAACAGACAACUAGCACAUUAGAAUCUACUACUACCGCUGAACCAACAACUAGCAUAACAGAAUCCACUACUACCGCUGAACAGACAACUAGCACAUUAGAAUCUACUACUACCACUGAAUCAACAAGUAGCACAGCAGAAUCCACUACUACCGCUGAAUCAACAACUAGCACAGCAGAAUCAACUACUACCGCUGAACCAACAACUACCACAGCUGAAUCUAGUACUACCGCUGAACAAACAUUUAGCACAGCAGAAUCUACUACUACCACUGAACCAACAACUAGCACAGCAGAAUCCACUACUACCACUGAACCAACAACUAGCACAGCAGAAUCCAUUACUACCGCUAAACAAACAACUAGCAUAUCAGAAUCUACUACUACCGCUGAACUAACAAUUAGCUUAGCAGAAUCCACUACAACCGCUGAACCAACAACUAGCACAGCAGAAUCCCCUACUACCACUGAACCUACAACUAGCACAGCAGAAUCCACUUCAACGACUAAACCAACAACUAGCACAGCAGAAUCUACUACUACUGCUGAACCAACAACUAGCACAUCAGAAUCCACUUCAACGACUAAACCAACAACUAGCACAGAAGAAUCUACUACAAUCGCUGAACCAACAACUAGCACAGCAGAAUCCACUACAACCGCUGAACCAACAACUAGUACAGCAGAAUCUACUACAACAUCUGAACCAACAACUAGCUUAGCAGAAACCACUACUACCGCUGAACCAACAACUAGCACAGCAGAAUCUACUACAACAUCUGAACCAACAACUAGUACAGCAGAAUCUACUACAACAUCUGAACCAACAACUAGCUUACCAGAAUCCACUACUACCGCUGAACAAACAACUAGCACAGCAGAAUCCACUACAACAGCUGAACCAACAACUAGUACAGCAGAAUCUACUACUACAGCGGAACAAACAACUAGCACAGCAAAAUCCACUUCUACCACUGAACCAAUGACUACCACAGCUGAUUCUACCACUACCGCUGAAAAAACAUCUACCACAGCUGAAUCUACUACUUCCGCGGAACAAACAUCUAGCACAGCAGAACCAACAACUAGUACAGCAGAAUCUACUACUACAGCGGAACAGACAACUAGCACAGCAGAAUCCACUAUAACCUCGAAACCAACAACUAGCGCAGCAGAAUCCACUACUACUUUGGAACAAACUACUAGCACAGCAGAAUCCACUACCAUUUUCUUAACAACUACCACAGCAGAAUCUACUACUACAGCUGUUCCAACCACUAGCACAUCAGUAUCCACUACUACCAUUGUCCCAACCACCAGCACAGUAGAAUCCACUACUACCGCUUUCACAAUCACUAGCACGGCAGAAUCCACUACAAGCACUGGAGUAAUUGCUUUUACAACAGAAUCAAAAAGCACUAAUGAGAUAACGAGCACACUUUCCUUACAAACGUCUACGUUAAUGUCUGCCACAGAGUUUACAGGAACAAGUACAGCCUCAAGCACUGAACAAUCGAAUACAGCCUCAACUAUUCCUUCUGCUACUAACAGUUCAGACAGUAUCACAUCAUCAGAAAUAUUUUCGACAGUGACCAGUGAGAUAAUGACAAUGAUCAGUAGCACUACAUACAAAACUGAUAUAAACUCUUAUCCUACUGAUACAACCGUAACAAAUAACCCUACAAGUACAAUAGCAUUUGAUAUGACUACAGAACAAACCAUAUCCACAACAACAAUAUCGACAUCAAUUGUACCAACUGACUCGAUAUCCCAUACUACAGCUGUCCCAACAACUAGCACAGAAGAAAACACAACUACGGCAAUUCCAUCUAACACAGCAGAAUAUACAACUACCGUCAUCCCAAUAACUAGCACAGUAGAAUACACAACUACCGCCUUCCCAAAAACAAGCACAACAGAAUACACAACUACCGCCUUCCCAACAACUAGCACAACAGAAUACAUAACUACCGCCUUCCCAACAACUAGCACAGCAGAUUAUACAACUACCGCCUUCCAAACAACUAGAACAACAGAAUACACAACUACCGCCUUCCCAACAACUAGCACAACAGAAUACACAACUACUGCCUUCCCAACAACUAGCACAACAGAAUACACAACUACCGCCUUCCCAACAACUAGCACAACAGAAUACACAACUACCGCCUUCCCAACAACUAGCACAACAGAAUACAUAACUACCGCCUUCCCAACAACUAGCACAGCAUAUUAUACAACUACCGCCUUCCGAACAACUAGCACAACAGAAUACACAACUACCGCCUUCCCAAUAACUAGCACAACAGAAUACACAACUACUGCCUUCCCAACAACUAGCACAGCAGAAUACACAACUACCGCCUUCCCAACAACUAGCUCAGUAGGAUACCCAACUACCACUGAAAAAACAACUAGAACAGCUGAAUCCACUACUACUACGGAACAAACAACUAGCUCAGCAGAAUCUACUACUACCACUGAACCAACAUCUAGCACAAAAAAAAACACUACUAUUGCGGAACCAACAACUAGCACAACAGAAUCCACUACUACCGCUGAAACAACAACUAGCACAACAGAAUCCACUACUACCGCUGAAACAACAACUAGCACAGCAGAAUCUACUACUACCGCUGAAAUAAGAACUAGCACAGCAGAAUCUACUACUACCGCUGAAACAACAACUACCACAGCAGAAUCCACUACUACCACUAAACAAAUAACUAGCACUGCAGAAUCCACUACUAUUGCGGAACAAACAACUAGCACAGCAGAAUCUACUACUACCGCCGAACCAACAACUAGCACUGCAGAAUCCACUACUACCAAUGAACCAACAACUAGCACUGCAGAAUCUACUACUACCACCGAACCAACAACUAGCACUGCAGAAUCCACUACAACCGCUGAACAAACAACUAGCACUGCAGAAUCCACUACUACCACUGAACCAACAACUAGCACAGCAGAAUCUACUACUACCAAUAAACAAACAAUUAGCACAGCAGAAUCUACUACUACCACUGAACAAACAACUAGUACAGCAGAAUCGACUACUACCACUGAACAAACAACUAGCACAGCAGAAUCUACUACUACCACCGAACCAACAACUAGUACAGCAGAAUCUACUACUACCACCGAACAAACAACUAGUACAGCUGAAUCUACUACUACCACUGAACAAACAACUAGCACUGCAGAAUCUACUACUACCACCGAACCAACAACUAGCACUGCAGAAUCCACUACAACCGCUGAACAAACAACUAGCACUGCAGAAUCCACUACUACCACUGAACCAACAACUAGCACAGCAGAAUCUACUACUACCGCUAAACCAACAACUAGCACUGCAGAAUCCACUACAACCGCUGAACCAACAACUAGCACAGCAGAAUCCACUACUACCACUGAACCAACAACUAGCACUGCAGAAUCCACUACAACCGCUGAACAAACAACUAGCACUGCAGAAUCCACUACUACAAAUGAACAAACAACUAGCACAGCAGAAUCCACUACAACCAAUGAACCAACAACUAGCACAGCAGAAUCUACUACUACCACCGAACCAAUAACUAGCACAGCAGAAUCAACUACAACCGCUGAACCAACAACUAGCACAGCAGAAUCUACUACUACCGCCGAACCAACAACUAGCACUGCAGAAUCCACUACAACCGCUGAACAAACAACUAGCAUUGCAGAAUCCACUACUACCAAUGAACUAACAACUAGCACUGCAGAAUCUACUACUACCACCGAACCAACAAGUAGCACUGCAGAAUCCACUACUACCACCAAACCAACAACUAGCACUGCAGAAUCCACUACAACCGCUGAACAAACAACUAGCACAGCAGAAUUUACUACUACCACCGAACCAACAACUAGUACAGCAGAAUCUACUACUACCACUGAACCAACAACUAGUACAGCUGAAUCUACUACUACCACUGAACAAACAACUAGCACCGCAGAAUCUACUACUACCACCGAACCAACAACUAGCACUGCAGAAUCCACUACAACCGCUGAACAAACAACUAGCACUGCAGAAUCCACUACUACCACUGAACCAACAACUAGCACAGCAGAAUCUACUACUACCGCUGAACCAACAAAUAGCACAGCAGAAUCUACUACUACCACUGAACAAACAACUAGCACUGCAGAAUCCACUACAACCGCUGAACCAACAACUAGCACAGCAGAAUCCACUACUACCACUGAACCAACAACUAGCACUGCAGAAUCCACUACAACCGCUGAACAAACAACUAGCACUGCAGAAUCCACUACUACAAAUGAACAAACAACUAGCACAGCAGAAUCCACUACAACCAAUGAACCAACAACUAGCACAGCAGAAUCUACUACUACCACCAAACCAACAACUAGCACACCAGAAUCAACUACAACCGCUGAACCAAAAACUAGCACAGCAGAAUCUACUACUACCGCCGAACCAACAACUAGCACUGCAGAAUCCACUACAACCGCUGAACAAACAACUAGCACUGCAGAAUCCACUACUACCAAUGAACUAACAACUAGCACUGCAGAAUCUACUACUACCACCGAACCAACAAGUAGCACUGCAGAAUCCACUACUACCACCAAACCAACAACUAGCACUGCAGAAUCCACUACAACCGCUGAACAAACAACUAGCACAGCAGAAUUUACUACAACCAGCGAACCAACAACUAGCACUGCAGAAUCCACUACAACCGCUGAACAAACAACUAGCCCUACAGAAUCCACUACUACCACUGAACCAACAACUAGCACAGCAGAAUCUAUUACUACCACCGAACCAACAACUAGCACUGCAGAAUCUACUACUACCAAUGAACCAACAACUAGCACAGCAGAAUCUACUACUACCACUGAACCAACAACUAGCACAGCAGAAUCUACUACUACCACCGAACCAAAAACUAGCACAGCAGAAUCUACUACUACCACCGAACCAACAACUAGCACUACAGAAUCCACUACUACCACCGAACCAACAACUAGCACUGCAGAAUCCACUACAACCGCUGAACAAACAACUAGCACUGCAGAAUCCACUACUACCACUGAACAAACAACUAGUACAGCAGAAUCCACUACUACCACUGUACAAACAUUUAGCACUGCAGAAUCCACUACUACCAAUGAACAAACAACUAGCACUGCAGAAUCUACUACUACCAAUGAAGAAACAACUAGCACUGCAGAAUCCACUACUACCGCUGAACCAACAACUAGCACUGCAGAAUCUACUACUACCACCGAACCAACAACUAGCACUGCAGAAUCCACUACAACAGCUGAACAAACAACUAGCACUGCAGAAUCCACUACUACCACUGAACCAACAACUAGCACAGCAGAAUCUACUACUACCAAUAAACAAACAAUUAGCACAGCAGAAUCUACUACUACCACUGAACAAACAACUAGUACAGCAGAAUCGACUACUACCACUGAACAAACAACUAGCACAGCAGAAUCUACUACUACCACCGAACCAACAACUAGUACAGCAGAAUCUACUACUACCACCGAACCAACAACUAGUACAGCUGAAUCUACUACUACCACUGAACAAACAACUAGCACUGCAGAAUCUACUACUACCACCGAACCAACAACUAGCACUGCAGAAUCCACUACAACCGCUGAACAAACAACUAGCACUGCAGAAUCCACUACUACCACUGAACCAACAACUAGCACUGCAGAAUCCACUACUACCACUGAACCAACAACUAGCACUGCAGAAUCCACUACUACCACUGAACCAACAACUAGCACAGCAGAAUCCACUACUACCACCGAACCAACAACUAGCACUGCAGAAUCCACUACAACCGCUGAACAAACAACUAGCACUGCAGAAUCCACUACUACCACUGAACCAACAACUACCACAGCAGAAUCUACUACUACCGCUGAACCAACAAAUAGCACAGCAGAAUCUACUACUACCACUGAACAAACAACUAGCACUGCAGAAUCCACUACAACCGCUGAACCAACAACUAGCACAGCAGAAUCCACUACUACCACUGAACCAACAACUAGCACUGCAGAAUCCACUACAACCGCUGAACAAACAACUAGCACUGCAGAAUCCACUACAACCAAUGAACCAACAACUAGCACAGCAGAAUCUACUACUACCACCAAACCAACAACUAGCACAGCAGAAUCAACUACAACCGCUAAACCAAAAACUAGCACAGCAGAAUCUACUACUACCGCCGAACCAACAACUAGCACUGCAGAAUCCACUACAACCGCUGAACAAACAACUAGCACUGCAGAAUCCACUACUACCAAUGAACUAACAACUAGCACUGCAGAAUCUACUACUACCAACGAACCAACAAGUAGCACUGCAGAAUCCACUACUACCACCAAACCAACAACUAGCACUGCAGAAUCCACUACAACCGCUGAACAAACAACUAGCACAGCAGAAUUUACUACUACCACCGAACCAACAACUAGCACUGCAGAAUCCACUACAACCGCUGAACAAACAACUAGCCCUACAGAAUCCACUACUACCACUGAACCAACAACUAGCACAGCAGAAUCUACUACUACCACCGAACCAACAACUAGCACUGCAGAAUCUACUACUACCAAUGAACCAACAACUAGCACAGCAGAAUCUACUACUACCACUGAACCAACAACUAGCACAGCAGAAUCUACUACUACCACCGAACCAAAAACUAGCACAGCAGAAUCUACUACUACCACCGAACCAACAACUAGCACUACAGAAUCCACUACUACCACCGAACCAACAACUAGCACUGCAGAAUCCACUACAACCGCUGAACAAACAACUAGCACUGCAGAAUCCACUACUACCACUGAACAAACAACUAGUACAGCAGAAUCCACUACUACCACUGUACAAACAUUUAGCACUGCAGAAUCUACUACUACCAAUGAACAAACAACUAGCACUGCAGAAUCCACUACUACCAAUGAAGAAACAACUAGCACUGCAGAAUCCACUACUACCUCUGAACCAACAACUAGCACUGCAGAAUCUACUACUACCACCGAACCAACAACUAGCACUGCAGAAUCCACUACAACAGCUGAACAAACAACUAGCACUGCAGAAUCCACUACUACCACUGAACCAACAACUAGCACAGCAGAAUCUACUACUACCAAUAAACAAACAAUUAGCACAGCAGAAUCUACUACUACCACUGAACAAACAACUAGUACAGCACAAUCGACUACUACCACUGAACAAACAACUAGCACAGCAGAAUCUACUACUACCACCGAACCAACAACUAGUACAGCAGAAUCUACUACUACCACCGAACCAGCAACUAGUACAGCUGAAUCUACUACUACCACUGAACAAACAACUAGCACUGCAGAAUCUACUACUACCACCGAACCAACAACUAGCACUGCAGAAUCCACUACAACCGCUGAACAAACAACUAGCACUGCAGAAUCCACUACUACCACUGAACCAACAACUAGCACUGCAGAAUCCACUACUACCACUGAACCAACAACUAGCACUGCAGAAUCCACUACUACCACUGAACCAACAACUAGCACAGCAGAAUCCACUACUACCACCGAACCAACAACUAGCACUGCAGAAUCCACUACUACCAAUGAACUAACAACAAGCACUGCAGAAUCUACUACUACCACCGAACCAACAAGUAGCACUGCAGAAUCCACUACUACCACCAAACCAACAACUAGCACUGCAGAAUCCACUACAACCGCUGAACAAACAACUAGCACAGCAGAAUUUACUACUACCACCGAACCAACAACUAGCACUGCAGAAUCCACUACUACCACUGAACAAACAACUAGCACAGCAGAAUCUACUACUACCACCGAACCAACAACUAGUACAGCAGAAUCUACUACUACCACCGAACCAACAACUAGUACAGCUGAAUCUACUACUACCGCUGAACAAACAACUAGCACCGCAGAAUCUACUACUACAACCGAACCAACAACUAGCACUGCAGAAUCAUCUACAACCGCUGAACAAACAACUAGCACUGCAGAAUCCACUACUACCACUGAACCAACAACUAGCACAUCAGAAUCUACUACUACCGCUGAACCAACAAAUAGCACAGCAGAAUCUACUACUACCACUGAACAAACAACUAGCACCGCAGAAUCUACUACUACCGCUGAACCAACAAAUAGCACAGCAGAAUCUACUACUACCACUGAACAAACAACUACCACAGCAGAAUCUACUACUACCACUGAACAAACAACUAGCACCGCAGAAUCUACUACUACCACCGAACCAACAACUAGCACUGCAGAAUCCACUACAACCGCUGAACAAACAACUAGCACUGCAGAAUCCACUACUACCACUGAACCAACAACUAGCACAGCAGAAUCUACCACUACCGCUGAACCAACAAAUAGCACAGCAGAAUCUACUACUACCACUGAACAAACAACUAGCACUGCAGAAUCCACUACAACCGCUGAACCAACAACUAGCACAGCAGAAUCCACUACUACCACUGAACCAACAACUAGCACUGCAGAAUCCACUACAACCGCUGAACAAACAACUAGCACUGCAGAAUCCACUACUACAAAUGAACAAACAACUAGCACAGCAGAAUCCACUACAACCAAUGAACCAACAACUAGCACAGCAGAAUCUACUACUACCACCGAACCAACAACUAGCACAGCAGAAUCAACUACAACCGCUGAACCAAAAACUAGCACAGCAGAAUCUACUACUACAGCCGAACCAACAACUAGCACUGCAGAAUCCACUACAACCGCUGAACAAACAACUAGCACUGCAGAAUCCACUACUACCAAUGAACUAACAACUAGCACUGCAGAAUCUACUACUACCACCGAACCAAAAACUAGCACAGCAGAAUCCACUACUACCACCAAACCAACAACUAGCACUGCAGAAUCCACUACAACCGCUGAACAAACAACUAGCACAGCAGAAUUUACUACUACCACCGAACCAACAACUAGCACUGCAGAAUCCACUACAACCGCUGAACAAACAACUAGCCCUACAGAAUCCACUACUAACACUGAACCAACAACUAGCACAGCAGAAUCUACUACUACCACCGAACCAACAACUAGCACUGCAGAAUCUACUACUACCAAUGAACCAACAACUAGCACAGCAGAAUCUACUACUACCACUGAACCAACAACUAGCACAGCAGAAUCUACUACUACCACCGAACCAAAAACUAGCACAGCAGAAUCUACUACUACCACCGAACCAACAACUAGCACUACAGAAUCCACUACUACCACCGAACCAACAACUAGCACUGCAGAAUCCACUACAACCGCUGAACAAACAACUAGCACUGCAGAAUCGACUACUACCACUGAACAAACUAGUACAGCAGAAUCCACUACUACCACUGUACAAACAUUUAGCACUGCAGAAUCCACUACUACCAAUGAACAAACAACUAGCACUGCAGAAUCCACUACUACCAAUGAACAAACAACUAGCACUGCAGAAUCCACUACUACCGCUGAACCAACAACUAGCACUGCAGAAUCCACUACAACCGCUGAACAAACAACUAGCACUGCAGAAUCCACUACUACCACUGAACCAACAACUAGCACAGCAGAAUCUACUACUACCAAUAAACAAACAAUUAGCACAGCAGAAUCUACUACUACCACUGAACAAACAACUAGUACAGAAGAAUCGACUACUACCACUGAACAAACAACUAGCACAGCAGAAUCUACUACUACCACCGAACCAACAACUAGUACAGCAGAAUCUACUACUACCACCGAACCAACAACUAGUACAGCUGAAUCUACUACUACCACUGAACAAACAACUAGCACUGCAGAAUCUACUACUACCACCGAACCAACAACUAGCACUGCAGAAUCCACUACAACCGCUGAACAAACAACUAGCACUGCAGAAUCCACUACUACCACUGAACCAACAACUAGCACUGCAGAAUCCACUACUACCACUGAACCAACAACUAGCACUGCAGAAUCCACUACUACCACUGAACCAACAACUAGCACAGCAGAAUCCACUACUACCACCGAACCAACAACUAGCACUGCAGAAUCCACUACUACCAAUGAACUAACAACAAGCACUGCAGAAUCUACUACUACCACCGAACCAACAAGUAGCACUGCAGAAUCCACUACUACCACCAAACCAACAACUAGCACUGCAGAAUCCACUACAACCGCUGAACAAACAACUAGCACAGCAGAAUUUACUACUACCACCGAACCAACAACUAGCACUGCAGAAUCCACUACUACCACUGAACAAACAACUAGCACAGCAGAAUCUACUACUACCACCGAACCAACAACUAGUACAGCAGAAUCUACUACUACCACCGAACCAACAACUAGUACAGCUGAAUCUACUACUACCGCUGAACAAACAACUAGCACCGCAGAAUCUACUACUACAACCGAACCAACAACUAGCACUGCAGAAUCCACUACAACCGCUGAACAAACAACUAGCACUGCAGAAUCCACUACUACCACUGAACCAACAACUAGCACAGCAGAAUCUACUACUACCGCUGAACCAACAAAUAGCACAGCAGAAUCUACUACUACCACUGAACAAACAACUAGCACCGCAGAAUCUACUACUACCGCUGAACCAACAACUAGCACAGCAGAAUCUACUACUACCGCUGAACCAACAAAUAGCACAGCAGAAUCUACUACUACCACUGAACAAACAACUAGCACCGCAGAAUCUACUACUACCGCUGAACCAACAAAUAGCACAGCAGAAUCUACUACUACCACUGAACAAACAACUACCACAGCAGAAUCUACUACUACCACUGAACAAACAACUAGCACCGCAGAAUCUACUACUACCACCGAACCAACAACUAGCACUGCAGAAUCCACUACAACCGCUGAACAAACAACUAGCACUGCAGAAUCCACUACUACCACUGAACCAACAACUAGCACAGCAGAAUCUACCACUACCGCUGAACCAACAAAUAGCACAGCAGAAUCUACUACUACCACUGAACAAACAACUAGCACUGCAGAAUCCACUACAACCGCUGAACCAACAACUAGCACAGCAGAAUCCACUACUACCACUGAACCAACAACUAGCACUGCAGAAUCCACUACAACCGCUGAACAAACAACUAGCACUGCAGAAUCCACUACUACAAAUGAACAAACAACUAGCACAGCAGAAUCCACUACAACCAAUGAACCAACAACUAGCACAGCAGAAUCUACUACUACCACCGAACCAACAACUAGCACAGCAGAAUCAACUACAACCGCUGAACCAAAAACUAGCACAGCAGAAUCUACUACUACCGCCGAACCAACAACUAGCACUGCAGAAUCCACUACAACCGCUGAACAAACAACUAGCACUGCAGAAUCCACUACUACCAAUGAACUAACAACUAGCACUGCAGAAUCUACUACUACCACCGAACCAAAAACUAGCACAGCAGAAUCCACUACUACCACCAAACCAACAACUAGCACUGCAGAAUCCACUACAACCGCUGAACAAACAACUAGCACAGCAGAAUUUACUACUACCACCGAACCAACAACUAGCACUGCAGAAUCCACUACAACCGCUGAACAAACAACUAGCACUGCAGAAUCGACUACUACCACUGAACAAACUAGUACAGCAGAAUCCACUACUACCACUGUACAAACAUUUAGCACUGCAGAAUCCACUACUACCAAUGAACAAACAACUAGCACUGCAGAAUCCACUACUACCAAUGAACAAACAACUAGCACUGCAGAAUCCACUACUACCGCUGAACCAACAACUAGCACUGCAGAAUCCACUACAACCGCUGAACAAACAACUAGCACUGCAGAAUCCACUACUACCACUGAACCAACAACUAGCACAGCAGAAUCUACUACUACCAAUAAACAAACAAUUAGCACAGCAGAAUCUACUACUACCACUGAACAAACAACUAGUACAGAAGAAUCGACUACUACCACUGAACAAACAACUAGCACAGCAGAAUCUACUACUACCACCGAACCAACAACUAGUACAGCAGAAUCUACUACUACCACCGAACCAACAACUAGUACAGCUGAAUCUACUACUACCACUGAACAAACAACUAGCACUGCAGAAUCUACUACUACCACCGAACCAACAACUAGCACUGCAGAAUCCACUACAACCGCUGAACAAACAACUAGCACUGCAGAAUCCACUACUACCACUGAACCAACAACUAGCACUGCAGAAUCCACUACUACCACUGAACCAACAACUAGCACUGCAGAAUCCACUACUACCACUGAACCAACAACUAGCACAGCAGAAUCCACUACUACCACCGAACCAACAACUAGCACUGCAGAAUCCACUACUACCAAUGAACUAACAACUAGCACUGCAGAAUCUACUACUACCACCGAACCAACAAGUAGCACUGCAGAAUCCACUACUACCACCAAACCAACAACUAGCACUGCAGAAUCCACUACAACCGCUGAACAAACAACUAGCACAGCAGAAUUUACUACUACCACCGAACCAACAACUAGCACUGCAGAAUCCACUACUACCACUGAACCAACAACUAGCACAGCAGAAUCUACUACUACCACCAAACCAACAACUAGUACAGCAGAAUCUACUACUACCACCGAACCAACAACUAGUACAGCUGAAUCUACUACUACCACUGAACAAACAACUAGCACUGCAGAAUCUACUACUACCACCGAACCAACAACUAGCACUGCAGAAUCCACUACAACCGCUGAACAAACAACUAGCACUGCAGAAUCCACUACUACCACUGAAACAACAACUAGCACUGCAGAAUCCACUACAACCGCUGAACAAACAACUAGCACAGCAGAAUUUACUACUACCACCGAACCAACAACUAGCACUGCAGAAUCCACUACAACCGCUGAACAAACAACUAGCACUACAGAAUCCACUACUACCACUGAACCAACAACUAGCACCACAGAAUCUACUACUACCACCGAACCAACAACUAGCACUGCAGAAUCUACUACUACCAAUGAACCAACAACUAGCACAGCAGAAUCUACUUCUACCACUGAACCAACAACUAGCACAGCAGAAUCUACUACUACCACCGAACCAAAAAAUAGCACAGCAGAAUCUACUACUACCACCGAACCAACAACUAGCACUACAGAAUCCACUACUACCACCGAACCAACAACUAGCACUGCAGAAUCCACUACAACCGCUGAACAAACAACUAGCACUGCAGAAUCCACUACUACCACUGAACAAACAACUAGUACAGCAGAAUCCACUACUGCCACUGAACCAACAACUAGCACAGUAGAUUUCACUACAACCAAUGAACCAACAACUAGCACAGCAGAAUCCACUACUACCAAUGAACAAACAACUAGCACAGCAGAAUCUACUACUACAACUGAACAAACAACUAGUACAGCAGAAUCCACUACUACCAAUGAACAAACAUUUAGCACUGCAGAAUCCACUACUACCAAUGAACAUACAACUAGCACUGCAGAAUCCACUACUACCAAUGAACAAACAACUAGCACUGCAGAAUCCACUACAACCGCUGAACAAACAACUAGCACUGCAGAAUCCACUACUACCAAUGAACUAUCAACUAGCACAGCAGAAUCUACUACUACCACCGAACCAACAACUAGCACUGCAGAAUCCACUACUACCACCGAACCAACAACUAGCACUGCAGAAUCCACUACAACCGCUGAACAAACAACUAGCACAGCAGAAUCUACUACUACCACCGAACCAACAACUAGCACUGCAGAAUCCACUACAACCGCUGAACAAACAACUGGCACUGCAGAAUCCACUACAACCGCUGAACAAACAACUGGCACUGCAAAAUCCACUACUACCAAUGAACUAACAACGAGCACAGCAGAAUCUACUACAACCGCUGAACAAACAACUAGCACUGCAGAAUCCACUACUACCACUGAACCAACAACUAGCACAGUAGAUUUCACUACAACCAAUGAACCAACAACUAGCACAGCAGAAUCCACUACUACCAAUGAACAAACAACUAGCACAGCAGAAUCUACUACUACAACUGAACAAACAACUAGUACAGCAGAAUCCACUACUACCAAUGAACAAACAUUUAGCACUGCAGAAUCCACUACUACCAAUGAACUAACAACUAGCACUGCAGAAUCCACUACUACCAAUGAACAAACAACUAGCACUGCAGAAUCCACUACUACCAAUGAACCAACAACUAGCACAGCAGAAUCUACUACUACCAAUGAACAAACAACUAGCACUGCAGAAACCACUACUACCACUGAACCAACAACUAGCACAGCAGAAUCUACUACUACCACUGAACAAACAACUAGCACAGCAGAAUCUACUACUACCACUGAACAAACAACUAGUACAGCAGAAACCACUACUACCACUGAACCAACAACUAGCACAGCAGAAUCCACUACUACCACUGAACUAACAAUUAGCACAACAGAAACCACUACUACUGCGGAACAAACAACUAGCACAGCAGAAUCUACUACUACCACUGAACCUACAACUAGCACAACAGAAACCACUACUACCACUGAACCAACAACUAGUACAGCAGAAUCCACUACUACCACUGAACCAACAACUAGCACAGCAGAAUCCACUACUACCACUGAACCAACAACUAGUACAGCAGAAUCCACUACUACCACUGAACAAACAACUAGCACAGCAGAAUCCACUACUACUGCGAAACAAAAAACUAGCACAGCAGAAUCUACUACUACCGCUGAACCAACAACUAGCACAACAGAAUCCACUACUACCACUGAACCAAAAACUAGCACUGCAGAAUCCACUACUACCACUGAACCAACAACUAGCACAGCGGAAUCCACUAGAACUCCUGAACCAACAACUAGCACAGCAGAAUCUACUACUACCGCUGAACCAACAACUAGCACAGCAGAAUCUACUACUACCACUGAACAAACAACUAGUACAGCAGAAUCCACUACUACCACUGAACCAACAAUUAGCACAACAGAAACCACUACUACUGCGGAACAAACAACUAGCAUAGCAGAAUCUACUACUACUGCGGAACAAACAACUAGCACAGCAGAAUCUACUACUACCACUGAACCUACAACUAGCACAACAGAAACCACUACUACCACUGAACCAACAACUAGUACAGCAGAAUCCACUACUACCACUGAACCAACAACUAGCACAGCAGAAUCCACUACUACCACUGAACCAACAACUAGUACAGCAGAAUCCACUACUACCACUGAACAAACAACUAGCACAGCAGAAUCCACUACUACUGCGAAACAAAAAACUAGCACAGCAGAAUCUACUACUACCGCUGAACCAACAACUAGCACAACAGAAUCCACUACUACCACUGAACCAAAAACUAGCACUGCAGAAUCCACUACUACCACUGAACCAACAACUAGCACAGCGGAAUCCACUAGAACUCCUGAACCAACAACUAGCACAGCAGAAUCUACUACUACCGCUGAACCAACAACUAGCACAGCAGAAUCUACUACUACCGCUGAACCAACAACUAGCACAGCAGAAUCUACUACUACCGCUGAACCAACAACUAGCAAAGCUGAAUCUACUACUACCGCUGAACCAACAACUAGCACUGCAGAAUCCACUACUACUACGGAACAAACAACUAGCACAGCAGAAUCCACUACUACAAGUGAACCAACAACUAGAACAGCAGAAUCUACUACUACCGCUGAACAAACAACUAGCACUGCAGAAUCCACUACUACUGCUGAACCAACAACUAGUACAGUAGAAUCCACUACUACUGCUGAACCAACAACUAGCACAACAGAAACCACUACUACUGCGGAACAAACAACUAGCACUGCAGAAUCCACUACUACCGCUGAACCAACAUCUAGCACAGCAGAAUCCAUUAAUACCACUUUAUUAACAACUACAACAGCAGAAUUUACCACUACUGCCAUCCCAACAACUUUAACAUCUCAAUCCACUUCUACCACCAUCCCAACAACUUUAACAUUACAAUCCAGUACUACCGCCAUCCCAACAGCUACCACACCAGAAUCCACUUCUACUGUCGUCCCAACCAAUACCGCAACACAAUCCACUAAUACCGCAACCCCAACAACCAGCAUAGCAGAAUUCCCUAUACAGGUUAUUACUACAUCAGAAACAAUUUCUACCACACAACGAAAUACUACUUCAGAGACUAAUACUUCUUCCCAACCAAGUACUACACUAUCUUCCAUACAACCAAGUACAGCAGAAUCUACUACACAUUUAGCUACUGUAGCAUCAAAUACUUCUACUGAAGCAAUGACUAUAACAUUAGAAACAUCAGAAGCUACUCAACCAGCUUCUGUGACAUCGGAAUCUACUACUGCAACAAACUUCACAACUGCGACAUCAGAACUUUUUACUGAUUUACGCACUACUACUGCUACAGCUACAGAAUUGACUACUGUUACAGCUACAGAAUUGACUACUGCUACAGAAACAAAAACUAGUGAUAUCUAUUCCACAAACUUAACCACAUUACCGACAUCCACGAGUGUGCCAACCUUUAUGUCGGAAACUUCUACGACAGUAACUAGUAGCGCUACAAACGAAACUGUUACUGAAACAUUUCCUACUGUAACCACUGUAUCGCAAACCUAUACCGCUACCUCAACAGAUGAAACUACUCUUUUCAUCGACUCAACAACAACAUCCGUUACAGAAAAUACUGAAUCUAUUUCGACAAUAACCACUGCAACAAAAACUGAUUCCACUACAACAACAACUACAGUAACUGAAAAUAUUACAAUACAACCUAACUCAACAGAAAGUGGAAUGACUGCAGACAUUACUGCUACUAGUCAGCCAUUCAAUAGCUCUACAUCAGAAUCUACCACAUCAACACAACCAAGUAGCUCUACCACAGAAUCUACCACAUUAACACAGCAAAGUAGCUCUACCACAGAAUCUACCACAUCAACACAACCAAGUAGCUCUACCACAGAAUCUACCACAUCGACACAACCAAGUAGCUCUACCACAGAAUCUACCACAUCGACACAACCAAGUAGCUCUACCACAGAAUUUACCACAUCAACACAACCAAGUAGCUCUACCACAGAAUCUACCACAUCGACACAACCAAGUAGCUCUACCACAGAAUCUACCACAUCGACACAACCAAGUAGCUCUACCACAGAAUCUACCACAUCGACACAACCAAGUAGCUCUACCACAGAAUCAUCCACAUCAACACAACCAAGUAGCUCUACCACAGAAUCUACCACAUCAACACAGCAAAGUAGCUCUACCACAGAAUCUACCAUAUUAACACAACCAAGAAGUUCUACUACAGAAUCUACCACUUUAACACAACCAAGUAGCUCUACUACAGAAUCUACCACAUUAACACAACCUAGUAGCUCUACAUCUGAAUCUACCACAUCAACACAACCUAGUAGCUCUACAUCUGAAUCUACCACAUUAACACAAACAAGUAGCUAUACCACAGAAUCUACCACAUUAACACAACCAAGUAGCUCUACCACAAAAUCUACCACAUUAACACAAUCAAGUAGCUCUACCACAGAAUCUACCACAUCGACACAACCAAGUAGCUCUACCACAGAAUCUACCACAUCGACACAACCAAGUAGCUCUACCACAGAAUCUACCACAUCAACACAAUCAAGUAGCUCUACCACAGAAUCUACCACCUCAACACAACCAAGUAGCUCUACCACAGAAUCUACCACAUUAACACAACCAAGUAGCUCUACUACAGAAUCUACCACAUUAACACAACCUAGUAGCUCUACAUCUGAAUCUACCACAUCAACAAAACCAAGUAGCUCUACAUCUGAAUCUACCACAUUAACACAACCUAGUAGCUCUACAUCUGAAUCUACCACAUUAACACAACCAAGUAGCUCUACCACAGAAUCUACCACAUUAACACAACCAAGUAGCUCUACCACAGAAUCUACCACAUCGACACAACCAAGUAGGUCUACCACAGAAUCUACCACAACGACAAAGCCAAGUAGCUCUACCACAGAAUCUACCACAUCAACACAACCAAGUAGCUCUACUACAGAAUCUACCACAUCAACAGAACCAAGUAGCUCUACUACAGAAUCUACCACAUUAACACAACCUAGUAGCUCUACAUCUGAAUCUACCACAUCAACAAAACCAAGUAGCUCUACAUCUGAAUCUACCACAUCAACAAAACCAAGUAGCUCUACAUCUGAAUCUACCACAUUAACACAACCAAGUAGCUCUACCAUAGAAUCUACCACAUCAGUACAACCAAGUAGCUCUACAUCUGAAUCUACCACAUUAACACAACCAAGUAGCUCUACAUCUGAAUCUACCACAUCAACACAACCUAGUAGCUCUACCACAGAAUCUACCACAUUAACACAGCAAAGUAGCUCUACCACAGAAUCUACCACAUCAACACAACCAAGUAGCUCUACCACAGAAUCUACCACAUCGACACAACCAAGUAGCUCUACCACAGAAUCUACCACAUCGACACAACCAAGUAGCUCUACCACAGAAUUUACCACAUCAACACAACCAAGUAGCUCUACCACAGAAUCUACCACAUCGACACAACCAAGUAGCUCUACCACAGAAUCUACCACAUCGACACAACCAAGUAGCUCUACCACAGAAUCUACCACAUCGACACAACCAAGUAGCUCUACCACAGAAUCAUCCACAUCAACACAACCAAGUAGCUCUACCACAGAAUCUACCACAUCAACACAGCAAAGUAGCUCUACCACAGAAUCUACCACAUCAACACAACCAAGUAGCUCUACUACAGAAUCUACCACAUUAACACAACCAAGUAGCUCUACUACAGAAUCUACCACAUUAACACAACCUAGUAGCUCUACAUCUGAAUCUACCACAUCAACACAACCUAGUAGCUCUACAUCUGAAUCUACCACAUUAACACAAACAAGUAGCUAUACCACAGAAUCUACCACAUUAACACAACCAAGUAGCUCUACCACAAAAUCUACCACAUUAACACAAUCAAGUAGCUCUACCACAGAAUCUACCACAUCGACACAACCAAGUAGCUCUACUACAGAAUCUACCACAUUAACACAACCUAGUAGCUCUAUAUCUGAAUCUACCACAUCAACAGAACCUAGUAGCUCUACAUCUGAAUCUACCACAUUAACACAAACAAGUAGCUAUGCCACAGAAUCUACCACAUUAACACAACCAAGUAGCUCUACAUCUGAAUCUACCACAUCAACACAACCUAGUAGCUCUACCACAGAAUCUACCACAUCGACACAACCAAGUAGCUCUACCACAGAAUCUACCACAUCAACACAACCAAGUAGCUCUACCACAGAAUCUACCACAUCAACACAACAAAGUAGCUCUACCACAGAAUCUAAGACAUCGACACAACCAAGUAGCUCUACCACAGAAUCUACCACAACGACAAAGCCAAGUAGCUCUACCACAGAAUCUACCACAUCAACACAACCAAGUAGCUCUACCACAGAAUCUACCACAUUAACACAACAAAGUAGCUCUACCACAGAAUCUACCACAAAAACACAACCUAGUAGCUCUACAUCUGAAUCUACCACAUUAACACAAUCAAGUAGCUCUACAAAAGAAUCUACCACAUUAACACAACAAAGUAGCUCUACCACAGAAUCUACCACAAUAACACAACCUAGUAGCUCUACAUCUGAAUCUACCACAUUAACACAACCUAGUAGCUCUACAUCUGAAUCUACCACAUUAACACAAUCAAGUAGCUCUACUACAGAAUCUACCAUAUUAACACAAUCAAGUAUCUCUACCACAGAAUCUACCACAUCGACACAACCAAGUAGCUCUACCACAGAAUCUACCACAUUAACUCAACCAAGUAGCUCUACCACAGAAUCUACCACAUUAACACAAUCAAGUAGCUCUACCACUGAAUCUACCACAUUAACACAACCAAGUAGCUCUACCACAGAAUCUACCAUAUCGACACAACCAAUGAGCUCUACCACAGAAUCUACCACAUCGACACAACCAAGUAGCUCUACUACAGAAUCUACCACAUUAACACAAUCAAGUAGCUCUACCACUGAAUCUACCACAUUAACACAACCAAGUAGCUCUACCACAGAAUCUACCAUAUCGACACAACCAAGUAGCUCUACCACAGAAUCUACCACAUCAACACAACCAAGUAGCUCUACCACAGAAUCUUCCACAUCAACACAACAAAGUAGCUCUACCACAGAAUCUACCACAUCGACACAACCAAGUAGCUCUACCACAGAAUCUACCACAUCAACACAAUCAAGUAGCUCUACCACAGAAUCUACCACCUCAACACAACCAAGUAGCUCUACCACAGAAUCUACCACAUUAACACAACCAAGUAGCUCUACUACAGAAUCUACCACAUUAACACAACCUAGUAGCUCUACAUCUGAAUCUACCACAUCAACAAAACCAAGUAGCUCUACAUCUGAAUCUACCACAUUAACACAACCUAGUAGCUCUACAUCUGAAUCUACCACAUUAACACAACCAAGUAGCUCUACCACAGAAUCUACCACAUUAACACAACCAAGUAGCUCUACCACAGAAUCUACCACAUCGACACAACCAAGUAGGUCUACCACAGAAUCUACCACAACGACAAAGCCAAGUAGCUCUACCACAGAAUCUACCACAUCAACACAACCAAGUAGCUCUACAUCUGAAUCUACCACAUCAACACAACCAAGUAGCUCUACUACAGAAUCUACCACAUUAACACAACCUAGUAGCUCUACAUCUGAAUCUACCACAUCAACAAAACCAAGUAGCUCUACAUCUGAAUCUACCACAUCAACAAAACCAAGUAGCUCUACAUCUGAAUCUACCACAUUAACACAACCAAGUAGCUCUACCAUAGAAUCUACCACAUCAGUACAACCAAGUAGCUCUACAUCUGAAUCUACCACAUUAACACAACCAAGUAGCUCUACAUCUGAAUCUACCACAUCAACACAACCUAGUAGCUCUACAUCAGAAUCUACCACAUUAACACAAUCAAGUAGCUCUACUACAGAAUCUACCACAUUAACACAACCAAGUAGCCCUACCACAGAAUCUACCACAUUAACACAAUCAAGUAGCUCUACCACUGAAUCUACCACAUUAACACAACCAAGUAGCUCUACCACAGAAUCUACCACAUCGACACAACCAAGUAGCUCUACCACAGAAUCUACCACAUCAACACAACCAAGUAGCUCUACCACAGAAUCUACCACAUCACCACAACAAAGUAGCUCUACCACAGAAUCUACCACAUCGACACAACCAAGUAGCUCUACAUCUGAAUCUACCACAUCAACACAACCUAGUAGCUCUACAUCUGAAUCUACCACAUUAACACAAUCAAGUAGCUCUACAACAGAAUCUACCACAUUAACACAACCAAGUAGCUCUAAGACAGAAUCUACCACAUUAACACAAUCAAGUAGCUCUACAACAGAAUCUACCACAUCGACACAACCAAGUAGCUCUACCACAGAAUCUACCACAUCGACACAACCAAGUAGCUCUACCACAGAAUCUACCACAUUAACACAAUCAAGUAGCUCUACCACUGAAUCUACCACAUUAACACAACCAAGUAGCUCUACCACAGAAUCUACCAUAUCGACACAACCAAUGAGCUCUACCACAGAAUCUACCACAUCGACACAACCAAGUAGCUCUACCACAGAAUCUACCACAUUAACACAAUCAAGUAGCUCUACCACUGAAUCUACCACAUUAACACAACCAAGUAGCUCUACCACAGAAUCUACCAUAUCGACACAACCAAGUAGCUCUACCACAGAAUCUACCACAUCAACACAACCAAGUAGCUCUACCACAGAAUCUUCCACAUCAACACAACAAAGUAGCUCUACCACAGAAUCUACCACAUCGACACAACCAAGUAGCUCUACCACAGAAUCUACCACAUCAACACAAUCAAGUAGCUCUACCACAGAAUCUACCACCUCAACACAACCAAGUAGCUCUACCACAGAAUCUACCACAUUAACACAACCAAGUAGCUCUACUACAGAAUCUACCACAUUAACACAACCUAGUAGCUCUACAUCUGAAUCUACCACAUCAACAAAACCAAGUAGCUCUACAUCUGAAUCUACCACAUUAACACAACCUAGUAGCUCUACAUCUGAAUCUACCACAUUAACACAACCAAGUAGCUCUACCAUAGAAUCUACCACAUCAGUACAACCAAGUAGCUCUACAUCUGAAUCUACCACAUCAACACAACCAAGUAGCUCUACAUCUAAAUCUACCACAGUAACACAACCAAGUAGCUCUACAUCUGAAUCUACCACAUUAACACAACCAAGUAGCUCUACAUCUGAAUCUACCACAUCAACACAACCAAGUAGCUCUACAUCAGAAUCUACAACAUCAACACAACCAAGUAGCUCUACAUCUGAAUCUACCACAUCAACACAACCAAGUAGCUCUACAUCAGAAUCUACCACAUCAACACAACCAAGUAGCUCUACAUCUGAAUCUACCACAUCAACACAACCAAGUAGCUCUACAUCAGAAUCUACCACAUCAACACAACCAAGUAGCUCUACAUCUAAAUCUACCACAUUAACACAAUCAAGUAGCUCUACUACAGAAUCUACCACAUUAACACAACCAAGUAGCUCUACCACAGAAUCUACCACAUUAACACAAUCAAGUAGCUCUACUACAGAAUCUACCACAUUAACACAACCAAGUAGCUCUACCACAGAAUCUACCACAUUAACACAAUCAAGUAGCUCUACCACUGAAUCUACCACAUUAACACAACCAAGUAGCUCUACCACAGAAUCUACCACAUCGACACAACCAAGUAGCUCUACCACAGAAUCUACCACAUCAACACAACCAAGUAGCACUACCACAGAAUCUACCACAUCAACACAGCUAAGUAGCUCUACCACAGAAUCAUCCACAUCAACACAACCAAGUAGCUCUACCACAGAAUCUACCACAUCAACACAACAAAGUAGCUUUACCACAGAAUCUACCACAUUAACACAACAUAGUAGCUCUACAUCUGAAUCUACCACAUCAACACAACCUAGUAGCUCUACAUCUGAAUCUACCACAUCAACACAAAUAAGUAGCUCUACCACAGAAUCUACCACCUCAACACAACCAAGUAGCUCUACUACAGAAUCUACCACAUUAACACAACAUAGUAGCUCUACAUCUGAAUCUACCACAUCAACACAACCUAGUAGCUCUACAUCUGAAUCUACCACAUUAACACAAACACGUAGUUAUACCACAGAAUCUACCACAUUAACACAACCAAGUAGCUCUACCACAGAAUCUACCACAUUAACACAACCAAGUAGCUCUACCACAGAAUCUACCACAUUAACACAAUCAAGUAGCUCUACCACUGAAUCUACCACAUUAACACAACCAAGUAGCUCUACCACAGAAUCUACCACAUCGACACAACCAAGUAGCUCUACCACAGAAUCUACCACAUCAACACAACCAAGUAGCUCUACCACAGAAUCUACCACAUCAACACAACAAAGUAGCUUUACCACAGAAUCUACCACAUCGACACAACCAAGAAGCUCUACCACAGAAUCUAGCACAACGACACAACCAAGUAGCUCUACCACAGAAUCUACCACAUCAACACAACCAAGUAGCUCUACCACAGAAUCUACCACAUCGACACAACCAAGUAGCUCUACCACAGAAUCUACCACAUCGACACAACCAAGUAGCUCUACCACAGAAUCUACCACAUCGACACAACCAAGUAGCUCUAUCACAGAAUCUACCACAUCAACACAACCAAGUAGCUCUACGUCUGAAUCUACCACAUCAACACAACCAAGUAGCUCUACCACAGAAUCUACCACAUCAGCACAACCAAGUAGCUCUACAUCUGAAUCUACCACAUCAACACAACCAAGUAGCUCUACCACAGAAUCUACCACAUCAACACAACCAAGUAGCUCUACCACAGAAUCUACCACAUCAACACAAUUAAUUAGUUCUACAUCAGAAUCUACCACAUCAACACAAUCAAUUAGCUCUAGAUCAGAAUCAACCACAUUAACACAAUUAAUUACUUCGACACCAGAAUCUACCACAUUAACGCAACCAAUUACUUCUGUAUCAGAGUCUACCACAUUAACACUACCAUUUACUAAAUCUGAAUCAAUCACCACUACACAAUUGACGACAACUUCAUUAGGUUCUUUUACCACACAAAUCAAUAACUUAACAACUUCUUCUUCAAACGCAACUCUUUCUACAACAACGGAACUUACUUUUUCACCCUCUACUGUUACAAGUACAGAAUUGACAACUAAUGCAGAAAGCACAACCAGGGAGAUUUCUUCAACAUCUCCAAGUCAGUCGACUGCUUCUACGGAAAACAAACCGACAGAGACAAGUGAAAUUACGACAAUAACUAGUAGCACAAGUAACGCACUUACAACGAAUAUAACAACUGAAUUUAAAUUUUCAACGACACUAACAUACACAACAGAUAAAUCUACUGCCACACCACAAAAUACAUACACACUUUCAACUAUUUCAACAUCAGAAUCUACUAUUUCUACAACCCAAAUAUCAGCGGCAUCAACAGAAUCUACCACACAAACUAUUCCAACAUCAGAGUCUACUAUUUCUAGCACUUUAACAUCAGCUGUAUCAUCAGAAUCUACUACAACACAACCAACUAUUCCAACAUCAGAGUCUACUAUUUCUAGCACUCUAACAUUAGCUGUAUCAUCAGAAUCUACUACCACACAACCAACUACUACCACACAACCAACUAUUCCAACAUCAGAGUCUACUAUUUCUAGCACUCUAACAUCAGCUGUAUCAUCAGAAUCUACUACCACACAACCAACUAUUCCAACAUCAGAGUCUACUAUUUCUAGCACUCUAACAUCAGCUGUAUCAUCAGAAUCUACUACCACACAACCAACUACUACCACACAACCAACUAUUCCAACAUCAGAAUCUACUAUUUCUAGCACUCUAACAUCAGCUGUAUCAUCAGAAUCUACUACCACACAACCAACUACUACUACACAACCAACUAUUCCAACAUCAGAAUCUACUAUUUCUAGCACUCUAACAUCAGCUGUAUCAUCAGAAUCUACUACAACACAACCAACUAUUCCAACAUCAGAGUCUACUAUUUCUAGCACUCUAACAUCAGCUGUAUCAUCAGAAUCUACUACAACACAACAAACUACUACCACACAACCAACUAUUCCAACAUCAGAGUCUACUAUUUCUAGCACUCUAACAUCAGCUGUAUCAUCAGAAUCUACUACCACACAACCAACUAUUCCAACAUCAGAAUCUACUAUUUCUAGCACUCUAACAUCAGCUGUAUCAUCAGAAUCUACUACAACACAAUCAACUAUUCCAACAUCAGAGUCUACUAUUUCUAGCACUCUAACAUCAGCUAUAUCAUCAGAAUCUACUACAACACAACCAACUACUACCACACAACCAACUAUUCCAACAUCAGAGUCUACUAUUUCUAGCACUCAAACAUUAGCUGUAUCAUCAGAAUCUACUACCACACAACCAACUAUUGCAACAUCAGAAUCUACUAUUUCUAGCACUCAAACAUUAGCUGUAUCAUCAGAAUCUACUACCACACAACCAACUACUACCACACAACCAACUAUUCCAACAUCAGAGUCUACUAUUUCUAGCACUCUAACAUCAGGUGUAUCAUCAGAAUCUACUACCACACAACCAACUAUUGCAACAUCAGAAUCUACUAUUUCUAGCACUCUAACAUCAGCUGUAUCAUCAGAAUCAGCUACAACACAACCAACUAUUCCAACAUCAGAGUCUACUAUUUCUAGCACUCUUACAUCAGCUGUAUCAUCAGAAUCUACUACCACACAAUCAACGAUUCCAACAUCAGAAUCUACUAUUUCUAACACUCUAACAUCAGCUGUAUCAUCAGAAUCUACUACAACACAACCAACUACUACCACACAACCAACUAUUCCAACAUCAGAGUCUACUAUUUCUAGCACUCUAACAUCAGCUGUAUCAUCAGAAUCUACUACAACACAACCAACUAUUCCAACAUCAGAGUCUAUUAUUUCUAGCACUUUAACAUCAGCUGUAUCAUCAGAAUCUACUACAACACAACCAACUAUUCCAACAUCAGAGUCUACUAUUUCUAGCACUCUAACAUCAGCUGUAUCAUCAGAAUCUACUACCACACAACCAACUACUACCACACAACCAACUAUUCCAACAUCAGAGUCUACUAUUUCUAGCACUCUAACAUCAGGUGUAUCAUCAGAAUCUACUACCACACAACCAACUAUUGCAACAUCAGAAUCUACUAUUUCUAGCACUCAAACAUUAGCUGUAUCAUCAGAAUCUACUACCACACAACCAACUACUACCACACAACCAACUAUUCCAACAUCAGAGUCUACUAUUUCUAGCACUCUAACAUCAGCUGUAUCAUCAGAAUCUACUACAACACAACCAUCUUUUCCAACAUCAGAAUCUACUAUUUCUAGCACUCAAACAUCAGCUGUAUCAUCAGAAUCUACUACCACACAACCAACUAUUCCAACAUCAGAAUCUACUAUUUCUAGCACUCAAACAUCAGCUGUAUCAUCAGAAUCUACUACCACACAACUAACUACUACCACACAAACAACUAUUCCAACAUCAGAAUCUACUAUUUCUAGAGCUCUAACAUCAGCUGUAUCAUCAGAAUCUACUACCACACAACCAACUAUUCCAACAUCAGAGUCUACUAUUUCUAGCACUCUAACAUUAGCUGUAUCAUCAGAAUCUACUACCACACAACCAACUACUACCACACAACCAACUAUUCCAACAUCAGAGUCUACUAUUUCUAGCACUCUAACAUCAGCUGUAUCAUCAGAAUCUACUACCACACAACCAACUAUUCCAACAUCAGAGUCUACUAUUUCUAGCACUCUAACAUCAGCUGUAUCAUCAGAAUCUACUACCACACAACCAACUACUACCACACAACCAACUAUUCCAACAUCAGAAUCUACUAUUUCUAGCACUCUAACAUCAGCUGUAUCAUCAGAAUCUACUACCACACAACCAACUACUACUACACAACCAACUAUUCCAACAUCAGAAUCUACUAUUUCUAGCACUCUAACAUCAGCUGUAUCAUCAGAAUCUACUACAACACAACCAACUAUUCCAACAUCAGAGUCUACUAUUUCUAGCACUCUAACAUCAGCUGUAUCAUCAGAAUCUACUACAACACAACAAACUACUACCACACAACCAACUAUUCCAACAUCAGAGUCUACUAUUUCUAGCACUCUAACAUCAGCUGUAUCAUCAGAAUCUACUACCACACAACCAACUAUUCCAACAUCAGAAUCUACUAUUUCUAGCACUCUAACAUCAGCUGUAUCAUCAGAAUCUACUACAACACAAUCAACUAUUCCAACAUCAGAGUCUACUAUUUCUAGCACUCUAACAUCAGCUAUAUCAUCAGAAUCUACUACAACACAACCAACUACUACCACACAACCAACUAUUCCAACAUCAGAGUCUACUAUUUCUAGCACUCAAACAUUAGCUGUAUCAUCAGAAUCUACUACCACACAACCAACUAUUGCAACAUCAGAAUCUACUAUUUCUAGCACUCAAACAUUAGCUGUAUCAUCAGAAUCUACUACCACACAACCAACUACUACCACACAACCAACUAUUCCAACAUCAGAGUCUACUAUUUCUAGCACUCUAACAUCAGGUGUAUCAUCAGAAUCUACUACCACACAACCAACUAUUGCAACAUCAGAAUCUACUAUUUCUAGCACUCUAACAUCAGCUGUAUCAUCAGAAUCAGCUACAACACAACCAACUAUUCCAACAUCAGAGUCUACUAUUUCUAGCACUCUUACAUCAGCUGUAUCAUCAGAAUCUACUACCACACAAUCAACGAUUCCAACAUCAGAAUCUACUAUUUCUAACACUCUAACAUCAGCUGUAUCAUCAGAAUCUACUACAACACAACCAACUACUACCACACAACCAACUAUUCCAACAUCAGAGUCUACUAUUUCUAGCACUCUAACAUCAGCUGUAUCAUCAGAAUCUACUACAACACAACCAACUAUUCCAACAUCAGAGUCUAUUAUUUCUAGCACUUUAACAUCAGCUGUAUCAUCAGAAUCUACUACAACACAACCAACUAUUCCAACAUCAGAGUCUACUAUUUCUAGCACUCUAACAUCAGCUGUAUCAUCAGAAUCUACUACCACACAACCAACUACUACCACACAACCAACUAUUCCAACAUCAGAGUCUACUAUUUCUAGCACUCUAACAUCAGGUGUAUCAUCAGAAUCUACUACCACACAACCAACUAUUGCAACAUCAGAAUCUACUAUUUCUAGCACUCAAACAUUAGCUGUAUCAUCAGAAUCUACUACCACACAACCAACUACUACCACACAACCAACUAUUCCAACAUCAGAGUCUACUAUUUCUAGCACUCUAACAUCAGCUGUAUCAUCAGAAUCUACUACAACACAACCAUCUUUUCCAACAUCAGAAUCUACUAUUUCUAGCACUCAAACAUCAGCUGUAUCAUCAGAAUCUACUACCACACAACCAACUAUUCCAACAUCAGAAUCUACUAUUUCUAGCACUCAAACAUCAGCUGUAUCAUCAGAAUCUACUACCACACAACUAACUACUACCACACAAACAACUAUUCCAACAUCAGAAUCUACUAUUUCUAGAGCUCUAACAUCAGCUGUAUCAUCAGAAUCUACUACCACACAACCAUCUUUUCCAACAUCAGAAUCUACUAUUUCUAGCACUCAAACAUCAGCUGUAUCAUCAGAAUCUACUACCACACAACCAACUACUACCACACAACCAACUAUUCCAACAUCAGAGUCUACUAUUUCUAGCACUCAAACGUUAGCUGUAUCAUCAGAAUCUACUACCACACAACCAACUAUUCCAACAUCAGAAUCUACUAUUUCUAGCACUCAAACAUCAGCUGUAUCAUCAGAAUAUACUACCUCACAACCAACUACUACCACACAACCAUCUAUUCCAACAUCAGGAUCUACUAUUUCUAGCACUCUUACAUCAGCUGUAUCAUCAGAAUCUACUACCACACAACCAACUAUUCCAACAUCAGAAUCUACUAUUUCUAGCACUCAAACAUCAGCUGUAUCAUCAGAAUCUACUACCACACAACCAACUAUUCCAACAUCAGAAUCUACUAUUUCUAGCACUCUAACAUCAGCUGUAUCAUCAGAAUCUACUACAACACAACCAACUAUUCCAACAUCAGAGUCUACUAUUUCUAGCACUCUAACAUCAGCUGUAUCAUCAGAAUCUACUACAACACAACCAACUACUACCACACAACCAACUACUCCAACAUCAGAGUCUACUAUUUCUAGCACUCUAACAUCAGCUGUAUCAUCAGAAUCUACUACCACACAACCAACUAUUGCAACAUCAGAAUCUACUAUUUCUAGCACUCAAACAUUAGCUGUAUCAUCAGAAUCUACUACCACACAACCAACUACUACCACACAACCAACUAUUCCAACAUCAGAGUCUACUAUUUCUAGCACUCUAACAUCACCUGUAUCAUCAGAAUCUACUACCACACAACCAACUACUACCACACAACCAACUAUUCCAACAUCAGAAUCUACUAUUUCUAGCACUCUUACAUCAGUUGUAUCAUCAGAAUCUACUACCACACAACCAACUAUUCCAACAUCAGAAUCUACUAUUUCUAGCACUCUAACAUCAGCUGUAUCAUCAGAAUCUACUACCACACAACCAACUAUUCCAACAUCAGAAUCUACUAUUUCUAGCACUCUUACAUCAGCUGUAUCAUCAGAAUCUACUACCACACAACCAACUAUUCCAACAUCAGAAUCUUCUAUUUCUAGCACUCUAACAUCAGCUGUAUCAUCAGAAUCUACUACAACACAACCAACUAUUCCAACAUCAGAGUCUACUAUUUCUAGCACUCUAACAUCAGCUGUAUCAUCAGAAUCUACUACCACACAACCAACUACUACCACACAACCAACUAUGCCAACAUCAGAAUCUACUAUUUCUAGCACUCUAACAUCAGCUGUAUCAUCAGAAUCUACUACCACACAACCAACUAUUGCAACAUCAGAAUCUACUAUUUCUAGCACUCAAACAUUAGCUGUAUCAUCAGAAUCUACUACCACACAACCAACUACUACCAUAAAACCAACUAUUCCAACAUCAGAGUCUACUAUUUCUAGCACUCUAACAUCAGCUGUAUCAUCAGAAUCUACUACCACACAACCAACUACUACCACACAACCAGCUAUUGCAACAUCAGAAUCUACUAUUUCUAGCACUCUAACAUCAGCUGUAUCAUCAGAAUCUACUACAACACAACCAACUAUUCCAACAUCAGAGUCUACUAUUUCUAGCACUCUAACAUCAGCUGUAUCAUCAGAAUCUACUAUAACACAACCAACUAUUCCAACAUCAGAGUCUACUAUUUCUAGAACUCUAACAUCAGGUGUAUCACAAGAAUCUACUACCACACAACCAACUACUACCACACAACCAACUAUUCCAACAUCAGAGUCUACUAUUUCUAGCACUCUAACAUCAGCUGUAUCAUCAGAAUCUACUACCACAAAACCAACUACUACCACACAAACAACUAUUCCAACAUCAGAGUCUACUAUUUCUAGCACUCUAACAUCAGCUGUAUCAUCAGAAUCUACUACAAAACAACCAACUAUUCCAACAUCAGAGUCUACUAUUUCUAGCACUCUAACAUCAGCUGUAUCAUCAGAAUCUACUACCACACAACCAACUACUACCACACAACCAACUAUUCCAACAUCAGAGUCUACUAUUUCUAGCACUCUAACAUCAGCUGUAUCAUCAGAAUAUACUACCACACAACCAAAUACUACCACACAACCAUCUAUUCGAACAUCAGAAUCUACUAUUUCUAGCACUCUUACAUCAGAUGUAUCAUCAGAAUCUACUACCACACAACCAACUAUUUCAACAUCAGAGUCUACUAUUUCUAGCACUUUAACAUCAGCUGUAUCAUCAGAAUCUACUAUAACACAACCAACUAUUCCAACAUCAGAGUCUUCUAUUUCUAGCACUCUAACAUCAGCUGUAUCAUCAGAAUCUACUACCACACAACCAACUACUACCACACAACCAACUAUUCCAACAUCAGAGUCUACUAUUUCUAGCACUCUAACAUCAGGUGUAUCAUCAGAAUCUACUACCACACAACCAACUAUUGUAACAUCAGAAUCUACUAUUUCUAGCACUCAAACAUUAGCUGUAUCAUCAGAAUCUACUACCACACAACCAACUACUACCACACAACCAACUAUUCCAACAUCAGAGUCUACUAUUUCUAGCACUCUAACAUCAGCUGUAUCAUCAGAAUCUACUACCACACAACCAACUACUACCACACAACCAACUAUUCCAACAUCAGAAUCUACUAUUUCUAGCACUCUAACAUCAGCUGUAUCAUCAGAAUCUACUACAACACAACCAACUAUUCCAACAUCAGAGUCUACUAUUUCUAGCACUCAAACAUCAGCUGUAUCAUCAGAAUCUACUACCACACAACCAACUAUUCCAACAUCAGAGUCUACUAUUUCUAGCACUCUAACAUCAGGUGUAUCAUCAGAAUCUACUACCACACAAACAACUAUUCCAACAUCAGAGUCUACUAUUUCUAGCACUCUAACAUCAGCUGCAUCAUCAGAGUCUACUACCACACAACCAACUACUACCACACAACCAACUAUUCCAACAUCAGAGUCUACUAUUUCUAGCACUCUAACAUCAGCUGUAUCAUCAGAAUCUACUACCACACAACCAACUACUACCACACAACCAACUAUUCCAACAUCAGAAUCUACUAUUUCUAGCACUCUUACAUCAGCUGUAUCAUCAGAAUCUACUACCACACAAUCAACUAUUCCAACAUCAAAAUCAACUAUUUCUAGCACUCUAACAUCAGCUGUAUCAUCAGAAUCUACUACCACACAACCAACUAUUCCAACAUCAGAAUCUACUAUUUCUAGCACUCUAACAUCAGCUGCAUCAUCAGAAUCUACUACAACACAACCAACUAUUCCAACAUCAGAGUCUACUAUUUCUAGCACUCUAACAUCAGCUGUAUCAUCAGAAUCUACUAAAACACAACCAACUAUUCCAACAACAGAGUCUACUAUUUCUAGCACUCUAACAUCAGCUGUAUCAUCAGAAUCUACUACAACACAACCAACUAUUCCAACAUCAGAGUCUACUAUUUCUAGCACUCUAACAUCAGCUGUAUCAUCAGAAUCUACUACCACACAACCAACUACUACCACACAACCAACUAUUCCAACAUCAGAGUCUACUAUUUCUAGCACUCUAACAUCAGGUGUAUCAUCAGAAUCUACUACCACACAACCAACUAUUCCAACAUCAGAGUCUACUAUUUCUAGCACUCUAACAUCAGCUGUAUCAUCAGAAUCUACUAAAACACAACCAACUAUUCCAACAUCAGAGUCUACUAUUUCUAGCACUCUAACAUCAGCUGUAUCAUCAGAAUCUACUACCACACAACCAACUACUACCACACAACCAACUAUUCCAACAUCAGAGUCUACUAUUUCUAGCACUCUAACAUCAGGUGUAUCAUCAGAAUCUACUACCACACAACCAACUAUUGUAACAUCAGAAUCUACUAUUUAUAGCACUCAAACAUUAGCUGUAUCAUCAGAAUCUACUACCACACAACCAACUACUACCACACAACCAACUAUUCCAACAUCAGAGUCUACUAUUUCUAGCACUCUAACAUCAGCUGUAUCAUCAGAAUCUACUACCACACAACCAACUAUUUCAACAUCAGAAACUACUAUUUCUAGCACUCUAACAUCAGCUGUAUCAUCAGAAUCUACUACAACACAACCAACUAUUCCAACAUCAGAGUCUACUAUUUCUAGCACUCAAACAUCAGCUGUAUCAUCAGAAUAUACUACAACACAACCAACUAUUCCAACAUCAGAGUCUACUAUUUCUAGCACUCUAACAUCAGGUGUAUCAUCAGAAUCUACUACCACACAAACAACUAUUCCAACAUCAGAGUCUACUAUUUCUAGCACUCUAACAUCAGCUGUAUCAUCAGAAUCUACUACCACACAACCAACUAUUCCAACAUCAGAGUCUACUAUUUCUAGCACUCUAACAUCAGCUGUAUCAUCAGAAUCUACUACCACACAACCAACUACUACCACACAACCAACUACUACCACACAACCAACUAUUCCAACAUCAGAAUCUAUUAUUUCUAGCACUCUUACAUCAGCUGUAUCAUCAGAAUCUACUACCACACAAUCAACUAUUCCAACAUCAGAAUCUACUAUUUCUAGCACUCUAACAUCAGCUGUAUCAUCAGAAUCUACUACCACACAACCAACUAUUAAAACAUCAGAGUCUACUAUUUCUAGCACUCUAACAUCAGCUGUAUCAUCAGAAUCUACUACCACACAACCAACUACUACCACACAAUCAACUAUUCCAACAUCAGAAUCUACUAUUUCUAGCACUCUAACAUCAGCUGUAUCAUCAGAAUCUACUACCACACAACCAUCUAUUCCAACAUCAGAGUCUACUAUUUCUAGCACUCUUACAUCAGCUGUAUCAUCAGAAUCUACUACCACACAACCAACUAUUGCAACAUCAGAAUCUACUAUUUCUAGCACUCAAACAUCAGCUGUAUCAUCAGAAUCUACUACCACACAACCAACUAUUCCAACAUCAGAAUCUACUAUUUCUAGCACUAUAACAUCAGUUGUUUCAUCAGAAUCUACUACCACACAACCAACUAUUUCAACAUCAGAGUCUACUAUUUCUAGCACUUUAACAUCAGCUGUAUCAUCAGAAUCUACUACAACACAACCAACUAUUCCAACAUCAGAGUCUACUAUUUCUAGCACUCUAACAUUAGCUGUAUCAUCAGAAUCUACUACCACACAACCAACUACUAUCACACAACCAACUAUUCCAACAUCAGAGUCUACUAUUUCUAGCACUCUAACAUCAGCUGUAUCAUCAGAAUCUACUACCACACAACCAACUACUAACACACAACCAACUAUUCCAACAUCAGAAUCUACUAUUUCUAGCACUCUAACAUCAGCUGUAUCAUCAGAAUCUACUACCACACAACCAACUACUACCACACAACCAACUAUUCCAACAUCAGAAUCUACUAUUUCUAGCACUCUUACAUCAGCUGUAUCAUCAGAAUCUACUACCACACAACCAACUAUUCCAACAUCAGAAUCUACUAUUUCUAGCACUCUAACAUCAGCUGCAUCAUCAGAAUCUACUACAACACAACCAACUAUUCCAACAUCAGAGUCUACUAUUUCUAGUACUCUAACAUCAGCUGUAUCAUCAGAAUCUACUACAACACAACCAACUAUUCCAACAUCAGAGUCUACUAUUUCUAGCACUCUAACAUCAGGUGUAUCAUCAGAAUCUACUACCACACAACCAACUACUACCACACAACCAACUAUUCCAACAUCAGAAUCUACUAUUUCUAGCACUCUUACAUCAGCUGUAUCAUCAGAAUCUACUACCACACAACCAACUAUUCCAACAUCAGAAUCUACUAUUUCUAGCACUCUAACAUCAGCUGCAUCAUCAGAAUCUACUACAACACAACCAACUAUUCCAACAUCAGAGUCUACUAUUUCUAGUACUCUAACAUCAGCUGUAUCAUCAGAAUCUACUACAACACAACCAACUAUUCCAACAUCAGAGUCUACUAUUUCUAGCACUCUAACAUCAGGUGUAUCAUCAGAAUCUACUACCACACAAACAACUAUUCCAACAUCAGAGUCUACUAUUUCUAGCACUCUAACAUCAGCUGUAUCAUCAGAAUCUACUACCACACAACCAACUACUACCACACAACCAACUAUUCCAACAUCAGAGUCUACUAUUUCUAGCACUCUAACAUCAGCUGUAUCAUCAGAAUCUACUACCACACAACCAACUACUACCACACAACCAACUAUUUCAACAUCAGAAUCUACUAUUUCUAGCACUCUUACAUCAGCUGUAUCAUCAGAAUCUACUACAACACAACCAACUAUUCCAACAUCAGAAUCUACUAUUUCUAGCACUCUAACAUCAGCUGUAUCAUCAGAAUCUACUAUUUCUAGCACUCUAACAUCAGCUGUAUCAUCAGAAUCUACUACCACACAAUCAACUAUUCCAACAUCAGAAUCAACUAUUUCUAGCACUCUAACAUCAGCUGUAUCAUCAGAAUCUACUACAACGCAACCAACUAUUCCAACAUCAGAGUCUACUAUUUCUAGCACUCUAACAUCAGUUGUAUCAUCAGAAUCUACUACCACACAACCUACUACUACCACACAACCAACUAUUCCAACAUCAGAGUCUACUAUUUCUAGCACUCUAACAUCAGCUGUAUCAUCAGAAUCUACUACCACACAACCAACUACUACCACACAACCAACUAUUCCAACAUCAGAAUCUACUAUUUCUAGCACUCUUACAUCAGCUGUAUCAUCAGAAUCUACUACCAUACAACCAACUAUUUCAACAUCAGAAUCUACUAUUUCUAGCACUCUAACAUCAGCUGUAUCAUCAGAAUCUACUACCACACAACCAACUAUUCCAACAUCAGAAUCUACUAUUUCUAGCACUAUAACAUCAGUUGUAUCAUCAGAAUCUACUACAACACAACCAACUAUUCCAACAUCAGAGUCUACUAUUUCUAGCACUCUAACAUCAGCUGUAUCAUCAGAAUCUACUACCACACAACCAACUAUUCCAACAUCAGAGUCUACUAUUUCUAGCAUUCUAACAUCAGGUGUAUCAUCAGAAUCUACUACCACACAACCAUCUAUUGCAACAUCAGAAUCUACUAUUUCUAGCACUCAAACAUUAGCUGUAUCAUCAGAAUCUACUACCACACAACCAACUACUACCACACAACCAACUAUUCCAACAUCAGAGUCUACUAUUUCUAGCACUCUAACAUCAGCUGUAUCAUCAGAAUCUACUACCACACAACCAACUACUAUCACACAACAAACUAUUCCAACAUCAGAGUCUACUAUUUCUAGCACUCUAACAUCAGCUGUAUCAUCAGAAUCUACUACCUCACAACCAACUACUAACACACAACCAACUAUUCCAACAUCAGAAUCUACUAUUUCUAGCACUCUAACAUCAGCUGUAUCAUCAGAAUCUACUACCACACAACCAACUAUUCCAACAUCAGAAUCUACUAUUUCUAGCACUAUAACAUCAGUUGUAUCAUCAGAAUCUACUACAACACAACCAACUAUUCCAACAUCAGAGUCUACUAUUUCUAGCACUCUAACAUCAGCUGUAUCAUCAGAAUCUACUACCACACAACCAACUAUUCCAACAUCAGAGUCUACUAUUUCUAGCAUUCUAACAUCAGGUGUAUCAUCAGAAUCUACUACCACACAACCAUCUAUUGCAACAUCAGAAUCUACUAUUUCUAGCACUCAAACAUUAGCUGUAUCAUCAGAAUCUACUACCACACAACCAACUACUACCACACAACCAACUAUUCCAACGUCAGAAUCUACUAUUUCUAGCACUCUAACAUCAGCUGUAUCAUCAGAAUCUACUACCACACAACCAACUACUACCACACAACCAACUAUUCUAACAUCAGAAUCUACUAUUUCUAGCACUCAAACAUUAGCUGUAUCAUCAGAAACUACCACCACACAACCAACUGUUUCAACAUCAUUAUCUACAACAACAUUUUUGAAAACCACAGAAUCUAGUACCGCAACACCAGCCACUACAUAUUUUACCACUACAUUAUUUAGUAACUUAUCAGAAACAAUAUCGACCCAAGAAACUAUUUUCACGUCAAACUCUUCAACGCAACUACCGCUAACUAGCACAGAAAUGACUUCUACAUCUACUUCUACUUUUACUGAAUCUACCGCAUUACCACCCACUGAUACGACUACUACUUUCGCUACUGCUAGAACAACAGAACUGACUACUGCAACAGUGUUGAAUGAGCAACUGCUUACGACCAAGUUAAACUACGACACCACCAAUACCGACUUAAAUGAUAGCAAUGUACGCCAAAGUUUGUCCAGUCAAGUUCAAAGUUUUCUGUUUCAACACUUCCAACAUUAUUUGGACACUCAGCAAGAGCUAAUUAUUCUAUCACUGAGGAAAGGAAGUCUAAUCGUAGAUUACAAAAUAACGUAUUUAAAUGAGGACCCUGCUUCAAUAGUUGAAGCAGUAAAAGCACUAGUAGCCCCAAACCCUGUUACCAUAGACAACCAGGCCGUGUUUGUCGAUUCAGUGACAGUAAACAACGUACAGUUUAACAACACAGCAACACCUUGUGAGAUACGAGCUGUACUACAAGCGUGUUCGGUCACUGAGGUCUGUGUUGAGAAUGGAGCAACAGCGAUAUGCAGUACUAUUACAAGUGCAUCUCCACAGGCUACGGAAACUACAGCUUCAACCAAAAUACCUGUCACAACAUUGUCAACAUCCACAACAUUAUCAACAUCCACAACAUUAUCAACAUCUGAUUUUACAUCAGAAAAAACUACAUUUUCAACUUCAAACAAUGACACUAUUUCAACUACUGCAGCUUCUGUUACAUCAGGCAUUACAACAGUACCUUUAACGUCCGUUAGCUCAUUAGCUACAUCUACACCUGUUAGUACAUCCUCAACUAUAACGGACUCAUUACCCACAACCAAUUCAAGUACUGCAACAGAAGUAACCACAUCGUCUCCCAGCACGACCACACCCACAGUAACAAGUCUCAGUUCAGCUGUUACUUCUUCCGCAGCGGCAACUCCUACCACAACAGAAUCUCUGUCUACAACUACAACGAUAGCUGCAACUUCCAAAGAAGCUCUUAAUACAACAGUAGCGACAACAGCAAUCACGAAUUCAACUGAAGUCCCUAUCACAACAGUAAUUCCAAGCACCACAUUUACAGGAUCUAUCACUGAUGCAUCAACUAGCACAACACUUAACGACACAGCAGUAACCACCACAACAGCAGCCUCUAUCGCUAAUUCAUCUGAGGUUCCUACGACAACAGGAGGAGCUACAACCACAAUAGAUACUUCUACACCAGCAACCUCCGCCACCACAGUACCACCAAUCACCACAGCGGCAGCUACAUUCACAACAGUACCCACAACAGCAGCAGCUUCCACAACCAUAGGUGCUGCUACCACAACAGUAGCUGCAACCACAACAAUAGUUUCUUCCUCAACUGAAGUUCCUACCACAUCAGUAGCUACAACCACAAUAGCAACUUCUACCCCAGCAACCACCGCCACCACAGUACCAUCAAUAACUACAGCAGCACCUACAUCAACAACGGUACCCACAACAGCAGCAGCUUCCACAACCAUAGGGGCUGCUACCACAACAGUAGCUGCAACCACAACAAUAGUUUCUUCCUCAACUGAAGUUCCUACCACAUCAGUAGCUACAACCACAAUAGCAACUUCUACCCCAGCAACCACCGCCACCACAGUACCAUCAAUAACUACAGCAGCACCUACAUCAACAACGGUACCCACAACAGCAGCAGCUUCCACAACCAUAGGGGCUGCUACCACAACAGUAGCUGCAACCACAACAAUAGUUUCUUCCUCAACUGAAGUUCCUACCACAUCAGUAGCUACAACCACAAUAGCAACUUCUACCCCAGCAACCACCGCCACCACAGUACCAUCAAUAACUACAGCAGCACCUACAUCAACAACAGUACCCACAACAGCAGCAGCUUCCACAACCAUAGGGGCUGCUACCACAACAGUAGCUGCAACCACAACAAUAGUUUCUUCCUCAACUGAAGUUUCUACAUCAGUAGCUACAACCACAAUAGCAAUUUCUACCCCCGCAACCACCGCCACCACAGUACCACUAAUGACUACAGAAGCACCUACAUCUACAACGGUAUUCACAACAGCAGCAGCUUCCACAACAACCACAACAAAAGCUACUUCCUCAACUGAGGUUCCUACAACAUCAGUAGCUACCACCGCAAUAGCAACUUCUACCCCAGCAACCUCCGCCACCACAGUACCACCAAUUACUACAGCAGCACCUACAUCUACAACAGUACCCACAACAGCAGCAGCUUCCACAACCAUAGGGGCUGCUACCACAACAGUAGCUACAACCACAACAAUAGCUUCUUCAUCAUCUGAAGUUCCUGCCACAUCAAUAUCUGCCACUACAACAGCCACUUCUACUACAGCAACCUCCGCCACCACAUUACCACCAAGCACCACAGCAACACCUACACCUACGACACUACCGACAACAGCAGAAGCUUCAGCUUCCACAACCAAAGGGGCUGCUACAUCAACAUUAGCUGCAACUACAGCAAUGCCUUCAAUCUCGACUGGAGUUCCCACCACAACAGCUACUCCCACCACUACAUUAGCUCCGACCACAACAGCUAAUCCCACCACAACAGUUACUCCCAUCACUACAUUAGCUCCGACCACAACAGCUACUCCCACCACUACAUUAGCUCCAACCACAACAGCUACUCCCACCACAACAGCUACUCCCACAACAACAGCUACUCCCACCACUACAUUACUUCCGACCACAACAGCUACUCCCACCACUACAUUAACUCCCACCACAACAGCUACUCCCACCACUACAUUAGCUCCAACCACAACAGCUACUCCCACCACAACAGCUACUCCCACCACAACAGCUACUCCCACAACAACAGCUACUCCCACCACUACAUUACUUCCGACCACAACAGCUACUCCCACAACAACAGCUACUCCCACCACAACAGCUACUCCCACCACUACAUUAGCUCCGACCACAACAGCUACUCCGACCACAACAGCUACUCCCACCACAACAGCUACUCUCACCACAACAGCUACUCCCACCACUACAUUAACUCCCACCACAACAGUUACUCCCUCCACUACAUUAGCUCCGACCACAACAGAUACUCCCACCACUACAUUAGCUCCGAUCACAACAUCUACUCCGACCACAACAGCUACUCCCACAACAACAACUACUCCCACCACUACAUUAGCUUCGACCACAACAGCUACUCCCACCACAACAGCUACUCCCACCACAACAGAUACUCCCACCACAACAGCUACUCCCACCACAACAGCUACUGCCACCACUACAUUAGCUCCGAUCACAACAUCUACUCCGACCACAACAGCUACUCCCACCACAACAGAUACUCCCACCACAACAGCUACUCCCACCACUACAUUAGCUCCGACCACAACAGCUACUCCCACAACAACAGCUACUCCCACCACUACAUUAGCUCCGACCACAACCACAACAGCAGCUACCACCACAAAAUUAGCUCCAACCACAACUACAACAGCAGCUACCACCACUACAUUGGCUCCGACUACAACUUCAACAGCAGCACUUAUCACUACAUCAACUUUAAGUUUGUCCACUACUGUACCAAUAACUACAGCGCCACCAAUCAGCAGUAGCCAGGUUCAACAAGCAUUGUAUUCCUAUGGCACUGAUGUUGGUGAUAAUGUUAUUUCACAAGAAUCUUCUACGCUUAGCCCAAUGGUUUUAUUUAGCAGUGGACUUCCAUUUGGAUCUCAAGUACAUAAAUAUUUUCAUGUUUCAAUUAAUGGCGCAGCAACUUUCGGAGCUCCUAGCACUCUCUUUGCUCCAAAUCCUAAUAUCGCAAAGUCUCUAUCUCAAAAUGUUUUCGCACCCUUCUGGAGUGAAGUUGAUCCUUUCUACAACAAUUCUCGUGUCUAUUAUCACUUGUAUGAGAGGCUGAGAGUGAAAGGAACAUACUUCUAUUCUCCUCAACUCGACAAUAUAUUAAACAGGGCAACAAAUGAGGUAAAAGAAUACUUCACAUUUGGUACUGGAAAUUUCAAUGCCACUACUGUAAUUGUUUUAACUUGGAGGAAUGUGAAACCCUUAGCAUGGUAUUCACUGUUAUGUAAGAACAAUCAGUAUUCAUCUUCAGCUGGUAGAUACUGUGGUGAUCAGACAGAAGUCAAUACUUUCCAAGCUAUCAUUGCCAGUAAUGGUACAACAAGCUAUGCUAUAUCAAUGUACCAAAAAGGUGGAAUGAAAUGGGAGUUUGUUCCAAAUAGAAAUAUUUAUGUUGGACAUGUCUCUGACAAAGCCCUUAAAGAUUACAAACUAACAUUUUCGAGAAAAACAGUUAGUCUUGGUUCUGAUAUUGGAACAGCAGGUCGUGAAGGCACUUACAUUGAUAUUGUUGGUGCUUCUGAAAACUCAGCACAAAACUGUCUAGACUUUUACUACAAAAAUUUGUAUCUUGUUAGUAACACACAGUUUCAAAACAAUAUCAGGUCACUGUUGAAAUGCCCAUGUAGUUUAGAGAGACUGGACUACCAAUGGACACUUGUUGAAAAGAGAAGCAAUGACAACAUUUACUGCUAUGCAAUAUCUUCCAUUUACAAGAGAAGGGAACUACCAAAUAACUCUUUAAACAGGCUUUGCUGUUACCAAUAUAAAAACCCAACUAGUAACAGUUGGGAAGCAACACAACAAGCUGCUAGAGAAUCAUUCUAUGUUUCUGGUGUAGCAGAUUCUGGAAACAUUUUAACAGAAAGUCCUUUCCCAGAGAACAGACGUCAGUCUUUGGAGAAAGAUUUAACCCCCAAGAUUUGGUGUUGUCAGGAAUCAGAUCUUUGUGAACUCUACAGUAAAGUUCGGCCUGACCCUGGGUGUACUUUAGACUCACCUUUUAUUUCUGCUUCCUCAUUUGGUGAUCCUCACAUUACCACAUUAGAUGAAAACGAGUAUACACUAAAUGGAUGGGCAGAGUAUAUUAUGCUUAAUGUUCCUGGAAAGUUUAUGAUGCAGGCAAGAACGGAUCGUGUAGCGCUAUCGAAUGAAUCAUUUACCAAUGCCACAGUGUUUGUAGCUUUCGCCGUCAGUGAGGACAAUCGCUCAUCUACAUUACAAGUUGAACUUUCCCUGAAGAAAACUUCCAUGAUUAUCUAUGCUGACACUAUAGACUUCACUACUGACUUCUAUAAGACCUCCACCUUCAAGCAAACUCUAAAGAAUUUCGUCAUUUUGAGAGAAGAUAGUGGAAAUAAAACAAGACUGGUGGCAUCCUUUACAACUGGUAUAACAUUGAAAAUAUUUAUGGGUUUACAAAGUCUUGAGUUCACAGUACAAGCUGACAUUAAGUUACGAAACCAAACCCAAGGACUUCUGGGUAACUUUGAUGGGAAUCCAAACAAUGACUUUAUCCUGCCGAAUGGUACAGUGUUGACAGCUAAUCAGACUAACACAGAGAGGAAAAUAUUUGAAAACUUUGGAAAGAUGUGGGAAGUAAGUGAUAACGACACUGUCUUCGAUUACAAUUUUGGGGACACUGCAGCUACUUACAGACAUCCAGAUUUUGUUCCAAUGUUUAUUGAAGAAGUUGAUCAAGUAAAACUAGCUGCAGCAAAAACUAAAUGUGGCUCUUCCAAUGUUGCUUGUAUAUUUGAUUAUAUUGCAACUGGAAAUGAUGAAUUUGCUAAAAACACUAAUAACACAAAAUUAGAGACUAGUGCAGCUGUUGCAUCUCUUAAAAACAGUUUACCUGUGCUCAACUUGAAUCAAAGUUUGAACAAUGACAGCCAGUGGGAGGUGACAGAAAACAGAACAAACGCCAUAAGAGUUGUAGCAACAGAUGCAGAUAAAGACAAUGUCACUUAUAAACUAGUCAGUCCAUCACCUAGAGUCAGUGUAUCGGGUGAUGGUAUUAUUACCUACAGCCCUGAUGUUAGCAACAUUGUUUCCAUUCAAGUCUAUGCCGUAGAUUCCAAAGAUGGCCAGUCUAAUAUAAUCACUAUACCCACUGCAACAUGUAGCAACUGUAGUGGACAUGGGCAGUGUGAUAAUAGCAGAGUACUUACUGUUUCUGAUACUUCAAUUUUGUUUGCCUGCAACUGUUUUCCUGCUUAUACAGGAGAUUUUUGUAGUGAGAACUAUAAUGCCUGUAGAGCUAAUCCUUGUGCUGUGGGUCAAAGCUGUACAGACCUGACACCGGAACAACAAGGUAUGAAUCAGACAGGCUAUGUGUGUGGACCUUGUCCAGUUGGAUUUGAAGAGCAAGGGGGCAGAUGUAUAGACAUCAAUGAAUGUAAAGAUAAUUUGACAUGUCCACAAGGAUGUGAAAACACUGUUGGAUCCUACAUUUGUAGCUGUAACAUUGGUUUCAGAUUGAAUACACUCAACACAAGCAUUUGUGAUGAUAUCAAUGAAUGUGAAGAGAACAUAGAUGACUGCUCACAAACUUGUGUCAAUGCAAUUGGAAGUUACUCUUGUAAUUGUUUCAAUGGAUAUACUCUCCAAAGUGGAGUUUGUGAAAAAAAUUCAAGUAAUGUAGAGCUGUGCCAAGCCCUGAAUUGUUCCCAGCUAUGUUUUGUUAACAAUGGUACAGCAAGGUGUGAUUGUCAAGUGGGGUUUGCACUUCAGGGAGAUAACAAAACAUGCACAAAUAUAGAUGAAUGCAGUCUUGCCAAGAAGCCCUGUAGUCAAAUUUGUACAGACACUUAUGGCAGAUUUACUUGUUCAUGUUAUGCUGGUUUUAAACUAGAAGCAGAUAGAACUUCUUGUACAGCUUGUGAGAAGUCCUUCUAUGGUGUCAACUGCAAUCAAUCCUGUCAGUGUAGUGGGCACGGGACAUGUGAUCCUGUCAGAGGCUGUGUAUGUGACAUAGGCUGGGAGGGAGUCAACUGCAACAAUGAUAUUGAUGAGUGUACACUAAGGACAGACAACUGUUUGAUUGGUGAUGUUUGUGUUAAUGCUUUGGGAAGCUAUUCCUGUGUUUGCCCCAUUGGAUAUGUUAGAAAUGGAACUUGUCAAGAUAUAAAUGAAUGUGUUGAUCCUGCCCUAAACAACUGCAACCCACUUAUUGAAGAUUGUGUCAAUAACUUUGGUAGUCAUGUCUGCAACUGUAAGCCUGGAUAUGCAAGAAAUGAUAAAGGGGACUGCAUUAAUAUCAAUGAAUGUGCUAAUGGGGACCAUCAAUGUCAACAAAUCUGUGUUGAUGUGCCUGGAAAAUACAACUGUGAUUGUAACUACGGGUAUAGAUUAAAUGAUGAUAGGCUAACAUGUCUACUAGUGAAAGAUGUAUGCAGUGAUUUUGAGAAACUGAACUGCUCUCAAGGUUGCACAGUAGACUUUCAACAGAACACUUCAUAUUGUUUUUGUGCUGAUGGUUACAAUCUAGUUGGCAAAGACACAUGUGAAGACAUCAAUGAAUGUGAAGUAUCAACAAAGAACUUGUGCAGCUUCAAGUCUGGAUGUGUUAACAGAGUACCAGGAUACAGCUGUUCAUGUCCCCCUGGGUCGAGUUUGGACAAUGAUGGACGCAACUGCAAUAACUGUAGUAGCACAACUUGGGGAGUCAAUUGUUCAAGAUCUUGUUCUUGUUCUACUGGAGCAUUAAGAUGUGAUAAUGUUAGAGGAUGUAUUUGUAGACCUGGAUAUACAGGAGUUUUCUGUGAUGUGGAUGUGAACCAGUGUACCAAUGGGGAAUUACAGUGUAAUGACAGACAGGAUUGUGUGAGUCGUAUAGGUCCUGAUUCAUGUGUUUGCAAAUCUGGUUACAGACUUAAUGGCACAUUGUGUGAAGAUGUCAAUGAAUGUUUGGAUCCAAGGUUAAACACUUGUCAGCAGACAUGUCAGAACUCUGUUGGUAGCUACAGCUGUGGCUGUUAUAAAGGAUUUGCUUAUAAUGCAUCAACUAACACAUGUGAUGAUAUCAAUGAAUGUGCUCUACAAAUAGACAGAUGUACAAGUGUAUGUAUCAACACAUUGGGCAACUACAGGUGUUCAUGCACACCUGGCUAUGUCCUCAACAGAGAUGGAUAUACAUGUGAUGUGACCAGUGUGUGUACCAACAGUUCAUUGUGUCAGUACCAGUGUAUUAAUAUCAUUGGCAAUGAAACUUGUUUCUGUCCUAAAGGACAAGCUUUAAACAGUGAUUUGAGAACCUGUAGAGAUGUAGACUUGUGCAGCUCUAGUUCCUGUAGUGAUCUGUGCAGUGAAACACCUGACAAUACAAGUGUUAUAUGUUCCUGCCCUCCUGGUAAAUCUUUGGCUGCAAAUGGAAUUAUUUGCCAGUCUUGUUCAAGUGGUACAUGGGGAAAUAAUUGUGCCAACCAGUGCAGCUGUUCUCCUACUACCACACAGAGUUGUAGCCCCUUUAAUGGUACCUGUCAAUGUCAGAUUGGAUGGACUGGAGCUGACUGUUCUGUAGAUAUCAAUGAGUGUACUCAAAACCAAUCUAUCUGUGCUUCUAAAAAUAACACAGAAUGUCUCAACACAAACGGAGCCUUUAUCUGUAGUUGUAAGCUUGGUUAUGGGAAAGCAGAUGAAAAUGAUGAAUGUCUAGCUUGCAGUGACAACUUCUAUGGUAAAGACUGUAGCCAACAGUGUAACUGUAACAGCUUUCAUUCAACUUGUGACAAAACAAAUGGAACUUGUCUCUGUAACAAGGGAUGGACUGGUCCAACAUGUGAUGAUGAUGUAGAUGAGUGUACAAAUACCAGUAGCUGCAAUAGUCUGAAGAAUGAAAAGUGUGUUAACACACCAGGAAGUUUUUCAUGUUCAUGCCAAACUGGGUAUUACAGACAAAUUGCUACACAAGACUGCACAGUGUGCCCACCUUUCUUCUAUGGAGAGUUUUGCUCUCAGUCUUGUGCCUGCACCUCUGCCAAUGCUAACAGUUGCAACCAUGUCAAUGGAACCUGCUCAUGUACAGCUCAGUGGAAAGGAACAAAUUGUUCUAUAGAUGUGGAUGAAUGUCAGGACAAAACUUACACAUGUCCUAGCAAUAGUAACUGUACCAAUCUAAAUGGUGGCUAUACAUGCACUUGUGCUUCAGGCUACUUCAAAAAUGUUUCUGACAACACCUGCCAAACCUGUGCAUGCAAUAUGUCUAAUACACUGUCAUGCCACCCAUCAUCUGGUUAUUGCACUUGUAAAUCUGGUUGGCAAGGUUCUACUUGUAAUGUGGAUGUCAAUGAAUGUUUAGAUGCCACUAAAUACAACUGUCCACCAAACUCCAGUUGUAACAACACAUUAGGUGGAUAUGAGUGUCUGUGUUUGCAAGGAUAUUACAAAAAUACCAACACUAGCAAAUGUGAAGACAUUGAUGAAUGCACAAACAAUACUUAUAAAUGUCCCAACAACAGUACUUGUCUCAACACAGUUGGUGCCUACUUGUGUAAUUGUGUUGAUGGAUUUUUUAAGAAUAACACUCUUAACAUUUGUGAAUCCUGUACUUGCAAUAUGUCUAAUACUUUGUCAUGUGAUCCAACAUUUGGUAAUUGCUCUUGUAAAUCUGGUUGGCAAGGUUCUACUUGUAAUGUAGAUGUCAAUGAAUGUUUAGAUGCCACUAAAUACAACUGUCCACCAAACUCCAGUUGUAACAACACAUUAGGUGGAUAUGAGUGUCUGUGUUUACAAGGAUAUUACAAAAAUACCAACACUAGCAAAUGUGAAGACAUAGAUGAAUGCACAGACAACACUUACAAGUGUCCUACCAACAGUACUUGUCUCAACACAGUUGGUGCCUACUUAUGUAAUUGUGUUGACGGAUUCUUCAAGAAUAACACUCUUAACAUUUGUCAAUCUUGUGCAUGCAAUAUGUCUAACACUUUGUCAUGUGACCCAACAUCUGGUUACUGCUCUUGUAAAUCUGGUUGGCAAGGUUCUACUUGUAAUGUAGAUGUCAAUGAAUGUUUAGAUGCCACUAAAUACAACUGUCCACCAAACUCCAGUUGUAACAACACAUUAGGUGGAUAUGAGUGUCUGUGUUUACAAGGAUAUUACAAGAAUACAAGCACUAGCAAAUGUGAAGACAUUGAUGAAUGCAUAGACAAAAACACUUACAAAUGUCCCAACAACAGUACUUGUGUUAAUACUGAUGGUGCCUACUUGUGUGAUUGUGUCAAUGGAUACUUUAAAAAUGACACUCUUAACAUUUGUCAAUCUAUAAGUCAGCAGCUAUUUAGCACCACCUUUAAUUAUAGUCUAAAUGGUAGGAACAUAAAUGACACCAAGUCUUCUGACUACCAGAAUUUGACAAAGGAAGUACAGAUUACUCUACUAAAGCAUUACAGAACAUUUUUGAAAACACUCAAAGAUAUAAUAAUACUCUUAUUAAGGCAAGGAAGUCUUGUUGUUGAUUAUAAAUUAUUAUACGAUUCUAAUGAGGAUCCUGCAUUACUAGUUGAAGCAGUGAAAGUACUUUUAUCUCCAGUCCCUAUUACCUUAGGGGAUCAGAGAGUUAUAGCUUCUUCAGUGAUAGUUAAUAAUACACAGACAUUCAACAGUACUUCAAGCCCUUGUCAAAUAAGAGAACUUUUAUAUAAGUGUUCAGCCACUGAAGUUUGUAUUGAAAAUGAGACAGCAGCAACAUGCAGUCCCAUACCAUCAACUGAUGAUAACAGAUUGACUAUUGGACUGGCUGUGGGCAUCCCUCUCUUCUGUCUCUUGUGUGCUGUAGUUAUUGUAGUUGUCUGUCUCUGGAUUAGACACCAGAAGAAAAGAACGGGCAGAGAUGACAGUGCUGAUGAUGAGAGCUACUUCCACCAGCCAUUUGCAAGUGCAUUGCCAACACGUGGCAUCUGGGACAGGCGAUCUCAUCCUGGCUCCUACCUUAAUGAAAGACUUUCUGCAGUCUCUAGCGACUCAAGUUCUGGUCAGAUAGCUGUGCGUAAAAAACACCAGUUUGAUGAUAGCUAUAAGGACUCACCUUGGAACAAAGGCAAGAAAACUGAAGAUGAUGAUCAAGGAAGAUUUACUUGGGAUUUCUUGUACAAAACUCUACAAAUUGAUGAAGAUUUUCAAAUCCCAAGACCACAGUUGGAUCCAGGUUACACUUCAGACAUUUAGCUUCAUCUCCACCAAUGUUCUUUCCUGCUGCUCUUGUUGAUAUACAGUUCAAACUUGAUUUGUUUAUAUAUUAGAUCAUGUAACAAACUGCUUCUUGUAAAACAAUGCCUUAUACACGCAAUUUAUAUACAUAUCUUAUAAAUAUAUUUAUUUAUCCAACAUUCCAUUAUAUUUGAAGAUACCAAAAGUUGUAUUAAUGAUUGUGAUGAAGUGGUUUUUUUUAAUGUAACAUGUUCCUAAGUGUAACUUCACAUUUAUUUCUAUUGUAUAAAGUAGUUUUUAUUUAUACUGUAUUUAUCUCAUAUUUUUCAUUUAUUUUUUUUAUUUUUUUUUUUAACUAAUAAAUUUCACCUAUUAUUUUCUAUUGGCUUAUCCUUUACGGGUAAAGAAGGUAAGCAUAAUCUAUUUAUGAAAGCCUUAUUUAUGAUUCAUUCAUUUAAUAUGGAUAUUGCUGGCAAUAUACAAUUUUUAUUUAUAUCUUCUUGAAGAUUUUGUUGUAGAUAUUUUCUUUCAUUGAUUUCAUUGAAAUAUUAUUUUAAAACUAAAACAUAAUUUGUAAUUAUAAUUCUAUAUUUAUAAAUUGUGCACAAUGCUUAGAUACAUCUCAUUUAGAGAUUUAAAUUAAAGUUUUAUGACUAAAAAGUUAACAAAUUAAUGUCUUUACAAUAAAACUUUUCAAGAAAUUUGCUUCCUUGAAUUAAAAAAAUCUUCCUAGUUUGCAUUUAGUUUUCUUUUUUCUACUACAAAAAUGAUAAUAUUUUCUCUUAUAUUUCUAAUGAGAAACUUUAUUCUCUCUGGAGCUUGUUUCUACUUGAUCUUUUGUUCAUUAAUUUAAAAACUAAUUUGAUGUUUACUUGAUUUAUUGUUUACAAAAUAAGAAACUGUAUGAACUUGUUACUAUUUCUUCUUUGUUUUUCCUUGUGAUGACUUAGAUCUCAGCGGAUGUAUACAUGAAUGUGUGACAAUACAAUUGUUAUAUUUUUUAUAUUGUUGACCCUUGUUAUAUAGAGGAGAGCAUAUUUUUUUAUACCAAUAAUAAAAUUGUUAUACAUUAAA